GUCUGCUCCAGGACCAGGAUUGUAAAGGAAAAUUCACACAUAAGAGUGAAAAGCCAUGAAGUUGGAGCAGAAAGUUUGGGACUUGUGAUGAAAAGACACGUAGAGCUAAAGAUACAAAACCUGUAAAACAUGAAACGCAGGAGGCAAGGAUUGUGAGCAGCUGCCAUGAACAGAGAGGAUCCUUAACAGGUAUGGGGAUUAGCUCCCAAAUACAUGAGGUGGAACCUAACACACUGCAUGCAGUCCUGGCUGGCACAGGAACAUGCUAAGAUAUUAAAACUUACUUUAGCUUUUGGAGGCUGGAUGGAGCGCUGGGUUACUGUAAAUUGUACCUCUAGCCACAAACACAUCCUGUAAUGUGCUGCUGUUCACAAUUAGUAACACUGUUCAGGAGAGCUUAAUGUUUGUUUUUUAACAUUUUAAAUGAUGGCUAUGUAUAGAACUUAUACAAACUGAUGGGGAACGUGGGGAGUGCUCCCUGCAGAAUGUAGAAUUCAAAUGCAGCAUGUGUUGUCUACCAUCAUAAUGACAUGGUGUGUCCAAGGAUAUAUGGUGGGUUUGGCAUCCCUAACUAUAUAGCAAUGAGAGGUGCCAAAAAUAUGGUCCCUUUAACGCUUCUAAACAAUGAAUCCUGUACAGAGACUUUCAUUGAUAUGGAACCCUGCACAGACUUCUUUAAAACGGCAGUUUGUCUAAAAAAAAAAAUGCUCCAUAAGAAAAGUUAGUUUUAUUCACAGACACUGUAUCUGUGACUGAUAUUUAAUUUGCAAACAGACAUAAAAUGUAUCAUAUAUGUGUUAGUUAAUCUAACUCCUUGUCUCUCAUCGUAUAUUAAAGAAACACUGCAUGCAUCAAAACAGCCUCUUCUAAGUGAAGUUGUUAUGGUGCCAGGAGUCCCAGAGUAAAUUUUUACCUUUAGGGGUUAAACGGUUUAACCCCAAAGUUGCCUCCAGCAAGUAAUCUCAGCUCCUCCCCUGGCUGCAUCCGGCUUCUGAAAUUUCAGAUUCAGGAAGCUCAGAGUGCGGCUGGACAGGGGCACUGCUGAUUCGCUGGGAGUCAAUCAGUGACUCCUAAUUCACAAAACUCGCUUGGAAAGAAACAGACCUUUUCCAUAGCCAGUUUUGUGAAUGGCGAGUCACUCAUUGGCUGCCCUGUUGGGCAUUAUUCAUUAGGUCUCCUUUAAAUAGAAAGGGACACUCCGUGUAAUAAACCCACUAACAACUAGAAAAAGUGCAGAGGAUGGCUACAAAAUUAACAAGGUUAAUGAAGAAAUGUUACCAAAUUUAAUCUUUUUAGUUUGGAUUAACAGGGCCUCAGGGUUGAUAUGAUAGCGUUAUACAAAUAUAUUCAGGGCCAAUACAAACCAUUGUCUGGAAAUCUAUUCCUAAACAGGACUAUACAUAGAACACAAGGUCGUGCAUUUAGACUAGAAGAAAAGAGAUUUAGUGUAAGGCAAAGGAAGAUUUUUACUUUUUAUAUAGGAAGAACUAUAAGGAUAUGGAAUUCUCUGCCUGAAGAGGUGGUUCUAUCAAAGUCUAUACAGAUGUUUAAUCAGCAAUUGGAUAAAUACAUGCAAAAACAUAAUAUACAGCGAUAUCAUUUUUAAUUAGUAGGGUAAUAGCUUCUUAAUCUAAGCAGAUAUCUUCUGCUAUUUUGGGGUUAAGAAUGAUUAACUAGUUGCUAUAUUAGAUGUGCUUCAGACUAGUUUUUUUGCCUUCUUUUGGAUCAACAGUAAAAAUAAAUGUGAGAAGGGCUGAACUUGAUGGAUGCAUGUCUCUUUCCUGCUAUGUAACCUAUUGUAAUGUUAUGAUGAAGGGAUAUCCUUGAGGCAAUCUCUGAUUUUGGUCAAAAGGUUUUGAAGCAGGUUGACAAACAGCCGUAGUUUUAUGUGCACCCAAAGCCAAAUUUCUCUGUUUGGACAACCAUUUUCAGCAGACAUUAUUUGUAUUGUGUGUAUAUAUGGUGAAUGAGUGGUUGAUUUGACAGUUUGUGUGAAUUUGGUUGGAUUGCAUGUGGGGUUUGUACUGCUGAAUCCAAACUUUUAAAUGGAGUAAGAAAGAGGCUUUGUAUAUAAUGAACUCUCAUUUACUGCUGACCACAAUUUGUGAAUUAAUACAGCUGUCCUGUUUGCAGUAGGAAGUAUACACAUAUUUUUUUCAGAGUGAAUAUUAAUGAAAAACAAAAACAAAGUUGUGCAAAUAAAGAAUUUGUGAUUUAAUUUUGUCAAUAUUUACAGUAUUUUAUUAACUGAUGGUUCUGGGAGAACGUUUUAAAUUAUGUUAUAUAUUUACAUAUAGGAACUUAGGUGAAUAAUAAACGUAAUUGAUGAAGAGGACAUCUUUUUCAAAAUGUAAUUGAUGGGGAGCUACUCUUCUUUUUCAAUGCCCCCUAAAGUGUCACCCUUAUCUUAAUUCUCACUUCCAUUGCCUCUCUUCUUUUGCUGAACUCCCAACCAAGGGGCACCCUUUUUUCAAUUCUAUCUUCCAUUCCCCCUCUUCUUUAUCAGUGUCUACCUAGCAGGGCUGGUGCAAGGUAGCUCACAGCUACUUUAUCAUAGCCCCAUAUCCCCCCACCACUUUGGGCCAGUGGGGGAUAUUUGGGUCCACACUGUGAAAGCUCUCUGCAGGAGUGGAUAAGUCACCUGCAAGCUCUGAGACCACUCAGAAUGCAUUCAGGCUAAGUUUGAUGGGCUGUGUCAGGAGUUCUGGCACUGUAUAUGCCUUCAUUUUUGCUGCCUCAACUAGCUUGUCCCACAGCUGCUGUAUGAAACAGCUCCAGCACAUUAUCCCUCCUCCGGUUUGGGGGCCCCAUGUGGAGAAGCACCCACUCUGCCAUUCACUCACCUGGGAGUCUCCCCCUGUCUAUGAGAACCUGCUGGCUUUCAAUCUUGCAUAACAUAAGGAAAUGGUUCCUACUUCAGCCUUGGAUUGCAGUGGUGAGGAGAACUGUAAGAAUAGACUGACCUAUCUUGGCAUAUUUCUGGAGUUUGGCUAUCCUGACAGUGUGGAUAGCAACAAGUGGCGAAGCAGUAUCCGACAUAGAGAUACACAAUAUUGUGGCUUACAUGCAGCGUAGCGUGACUGGAGGCAGACACUCUUCAUUCUUUUUAUUACGUUAAUCAAGUGGCAUUUCAGUUUAUUUUGUUUUACCCAGAGUAUUGCAUACGAUAGAAAGACUAACUCUACAUGUCUUUUCCUCCUGCUCUUGCUUACUCAAUCUUUAGCCUGAUGAGCAUAUAGACAUGUCUCACUAGCCUGAUGAAUAUUGUGCAAAAUGUAAAUACACAUAACUAGGUAUAGUUAUCAGGGCCGGACUGGGGAUACAAAGCAGCCCUGGAAAAAAAAUCUAUGCCAGCCCCAUAAGUCAUUGCACCACAUAUUGUUGCAUGUAAUAUGUAAGGCUAUGUCUUGCCAUCAAAAUAUAUCAAAUAUAUAUUGCUUUUUCUAAUCUAAAAUAUUGGUCCUUUCAGAGUAAAACGUUUAAUUAUACAGUAAGCAUACUCACAUGCAGACACAGACAAUCUCACUGACACACACAAACCCAUUGAUACACAGCCUCAUAGACAAUCUCACUGAUAUACAUAAGCUUAUUGACGUCAUAUUCCGGCCCCGGUCUCAUUAAGUAGCGUGCGAGGUUGGGGGAGCAGAGACAGCACAGCUCCCCCUGCAGCCACCAGCAAAGCUGAAAGCUCCCCCUGCGGCCGCCAGCACAGCCAGCCAAAUUUCCCGGUAUCCCAAUGGGCCAGUCCGUCCCUGAUUAUGUGUAUUUCAGUUUUGCACAACAUUCUUCUUUUUCUAUUUUAACGGUGCAGUCAGUGCGACAUUUCAUGGAACACUUUGUCAUGUUUAUCAUCUUAUAUACCCCUGUUGACAUGUCUACACAAUGCUGGCACUUUCUUUAUGCACUAAAAAAAAAAAAUGUAAAAACAAAUUAUUUUUGCUAAUCCAGACUAGAGGUAUUCGGACUACAGUGAAACCCUCCAAUGUCUCCAUCUUAACUAGCUUCUGAUUGAUUAACUUUAUGUUAAUUUAAAGGGACACUAUAGUCACUAGAAUAACUACAGCUUAUUGUAUUUGUUCUGGUGAGUAGAAUCAUUCCCUUCAGGCUUUUCGCAGUAAACACUGUCUUUCCAGAGAAAAUGCAGUGUUUACAUUACAGCCUAGUGAUAACUCCACUGGCAACUCCUCAGAUGGCUACUAGAGGUGCUUCUAGGGGCAGUGCUGCACAGUGAGCAGCACUGCCAUUCAUUGUCUCCACCCUCUGCAUGAGGAGAUACUGAUUGGUCAGGGAUGUGUUUGGCUUGUGCUGGCACUGCCCCCUGAUUUGCCUUCUUGGCAGUCUAAACCAAUCUUAUGGGAAAGCAUUUUGAUUGGCUGAGUUUAACACUUCUGAUGAUGUCAGCCAAGUAGGCAGAUCAGGGGCAGAGCAAGCAGCUGCAGACUUGAACAAAAGUAAGAUUUUACUAUAUAUAGGAGGUUAAGGGGGAACCAGGGGGCUAGAUGGUGGUUUUAACACUAGUGGGUCAGGAAUACAUGUUUGUGUUCCUGACCCUAUUGUAUUGUUUGUGCUCAUGGCCCUAUAGUAUUCCUUUUAAGCAAGCAUUACUAUCCUUUGAAGUAAAGUUUAAUCAGAAGGUUUACAAACCGUUUGUUUGUUUGUUCUAUGCUGCUUUUCAUAAAUUUUAACUGUUUGUGUUACACCUUUGUGGACCUAUGUUGGCCAAUCAAAUUUAUAGUCUUAUUUCUUUUUGUAUUUUUUAUUUCUCAGGCUGGACUACUAUCAGUACAGUUUCUCACUGUAGUCAAGGGUUAGAUCUAAACCCGAUACAAUGAAAUGUCCACCUAUGAUUGGAAAUUAUCCAUGUUUUUCAAGUUUUUUUUUUUAAAUAAGUUUAUUUUUUUUAUUGAUAGAAUUUUUUUAUUUUUUUUUAUGUACACUUAAUUGACAAAACAAUGUAACAAAGACAUUAUGACUAAGUACACAACAUACAAAGCAUUAACAACCAUCAUGGGUUAUAAUGAACCUUACAAUAAUUUUUAUUGUAAUUCAAAAAUUAAUUUGGUUGUGCAGUAGAGGAACAAGUGUUUUUUUUUUUUUUGCCCCUUUAAUCAAGUCAUUGUACAACUGAGAGAUUAAAAAGUUAUUGUUAAUGUAGAGACUAAUAUAUUUCAUUUUCCAUCUGAAAUAAAAAAAAUUUAAGUUGACACUCACAAGGGAAACUAACUUUUUCCAUUGUCUGUCUACCAUUAAACAAUGUGUGAUUGAUAUAGUAUUCCUUUGGUUCAUUUUAUUCCAGCCAACGUGCAAUAGGACAAACUCAGAUUUCAUUGCUAAUGAAAUAUUAGUCAUGGCCCGAAUCAGAUCAUAAAUCUUCUCCAAAAAAUACCUGAUGUGAGGAUAACUCCACCAAAUGUAUAAGACAGGUCCUUCCUUUUCAGUAUCUCUCACAAAGUGCUGCAUGUACUGAUGACAUCUUGGCUAAUUGUGCAGACACUAAAUACCACCUUGUGUUUCUAAAAUGCCUAAGGAGUGGAUUGUCUUUUUUUUUUUUUUUUUUAUUUCAAGAGAAGAAUUGGCACCACUCACUAUUAGUGAUCGAGAUAUUAGGAACAAUUUCCUAUUUUCUUAGGGAUGAAGAUAUGAUCUGGUUUUGCAGUCACUCUCAGUAGGGUCUUCGACUCCCCUCUCCCCAAACCCCCCAAACUUUUGUAUCUCUAAAACUGUUAAAAACUUAAUCAAAUGCUUUCCUAUGGAGAAAAAUGAGGAUGUCCAGUGUCAGAUACUGGACCAAAGGUCUGUUUCAAACGAUGAUGCACUCCUCUGUGACUGCAAUUGUUUAACAUUGCAGCACUAAGGGCAAUAGGGACACUGUACCCAGACCACUUCAAUGAGGUGAAGUGGUUUGGGUGCCUAUAGUGUCCCUUUAACAAAUCAUGAUCUGACCAAGUAUUGUCUUUGAUUUCAAUAUUUUUAAUAAGUUUGAUUAGACAGGUAUCUCCCAAACACAUAUCAAGUCUUGGUGAGGAACCAUGCACUUUUGAUCUAUGUAUAAAAUCUUGUUUCUACGGAUGGAAAAGUCUCAACUGUCAUGCAAGUCAAACUUUCUACAUAAUUUAUUAAGGGAAAUAGAUUGUUUUACUACACUUUUGUCUAACUUCUGAUCUACAAAUAAUAAUUUGUCCUGCAUGGGGUCGGCUACACAGUUAAAGUCAUCAGCUAAUAACAGAAAACAUUUCCUAACAGGAACUACCAGUGUGAAAUAGUGUCCAUUAAUUUGACAGACUAGCAUAAUAUACCUUCCUUCUGGGUCGCUUCUAUGAUAUAUGUAUUCAUAUUUAACUGUACUAGAUAUUAUUAUAGUAACACCACAUUUCAUUUUGAUUUUUAAGGUAUAAAUAUAUGGAAAUUUUUUGAUCUCUUCUGAUCUCUAGGAGUGUGUUAUAUAGAAAUAUACAUAUAGAAAACCUCUCUUUUGUGGGGAGUUUAGUCUCUGAACGUUUAUUGAUAACUGAUUAAUCAUCUAAUGCCUCGUUUCCACUGAGCGGUAUGGUUCGGGUCGGUAUGGUUAUGAAGGGUUAGAAUGGUCCAGCUUAUUCAGGUGAGCGUUUCCGCUGCAAGUCAAACCGCCAGGGGGCAUGCAGGGUUUAGACCAAAUGCCUAGCGUGUCAUUUGUCGUGAGCAUUGACGUUUUCCUGUCCGCCAAUCAAUGGAUUGUAUAGUGUCCGCCCUAACCGUACCGUACCAUUUCCUAUGGCCCUACAUCUGAAGGGGGCCCAGGAAUUAUGCGGUUUGGUUCGGUUAUAUGGGCCACUUUUAUAAUGGAAACACUCAAAAUAGCGUACCAGACCAAACCGACCGAACUGUACCGCUCAGUGGAAACGAGGCAUUACUACACCAAAGCAAUAGUAGGUAUCCAUAGUCACGAUGGCGUAUAAAAACCAAAACAACAUACCGGUAUAUAAAAACAAAAAUGUUAUUAAAAUCAUAAUACAAUUUAAUACAAAAGACAAAUAUUGUCAAGGAUAGCUAUCCCACAACUAUCAAUGACUAUUAGGUGUGACCCAAUAAACCUAAUAUUGAUGUACAAAAAUUGUACACACAGGGAGGAGAUUGAGUAUGAGGCCAAAAAAAAGCAGAUCUAGGUGGUUAAUUCUUCUACCUUGUAUCCUAAAGAUUUUUCACAAAUUCAGCAUUGCAGCAUAACUAAACACAGCUCUUCUUUAUUUUUUUUUUAUCCCUUACUCUCCUCAGCCUAUUCUUAUGUAGCUUCUUCCUUCUCCUGUACUAUUUACUUUCCAUUAAUUUAGAAUAUCAUUAAGAAGACAACAUUCUUAAUUUGAGUUUUAUUAAAUGACGUUAUUAUGUUUAAGCCAAUUUGUAGCGGAGCUGCAAUGCUGAGAAUCCUCUGGAGCUGGAAGGAAAGCGCUGGCUGGUGGAUAUAGCCCAUUCCCCCAGUAACUGGACGACAUACAGUUCAGGGAGUCAACUGAUUUUUAUUAGCCCACACACGGCUUUUAUGCACAGCCCCAUAGUAUGGGGUCUCUAAAGCAAGUUUACAGGGGAUUUUCCUAAGAGUCUGAGAGAUAAUUGAGCUGGGAAUUUAGAUAACUCAAUUAUCUUAGUUACAGGAAAUACAUAAAAUAUUAUAAAGCACUCCAAAAACAUAAUAAAACAUUACAGAUACCCCACAAAUCUUAUAUCCCUGAAUAGCCUGUAUCUGAGUGCACAACAUAUCCGAAAAGCGCUCAGAUUGGUUUGGUGGAACGGGAUCGGCCAUGAGGUGAUGCUCCAAAAGAGUUCCAGAGAAUCCAGGUCAGUGGCCGGUCUUUGUUUGAGAGUUCCUGCGUGAACACCGACUAAUUCUCCACCUAGCUGUUAGGUAGCAAAUGCCCCCCCCCCCUCCCAGUCAGUAGAUCCUAUCUCCUGAGCGUGGUUCGUCUUGUCGGUCGGGAAAGUAUACAGGCAGCAGUACCAUCCUGACCUGGGUUCGCAAGAACGUGUAGCCAAAAUAACUUUCCACGCACUCGACGACCAAAUACCACUGACUGUCUUCGGGAGACAAAGCAGCCACCCAGGGAAAGCACUCAAGUUAAUCCUUUAAUUGUGGUUAACAACCAGGGCUGGUCGGUGUUCUAAGUCAAUAAUGAGGUGGACCACACAAGUUCUGUUCAGUUCCCGAACAGGCUGAUACGAUAGUGUUUGGGAAAAUGAAAGAUGGGUUCGGGCAACUUCUGGGACUGAUACUAGGUCCGCCACACAAUUUGUAAAGUUUUCUUGUGAAUUGUAGAAACUCUAUACGUUGAAAAUCACAGUGGGAAGACGCUGAACGUCCAUAGGAAAGCAUUGAGUAAUGCUUUCCUACUCUUGCCGCGCAUGAACAUUAUGAGUUGAGAGGCGGAUCGGGGAGGCGAGAUCCCCAGCGCCAAGGGAGUCCGGCGCUGGAGAAAGGCAAGUGCUAAAGAUACACACACACACACACACACACACACACACACACACACACACACACACACUCUCACGAACAGAUGCGUACACACUAGCUAACAGACACACACACACACACACACACACACACACACUCUCACAAACAGAUGCGUACACACUAGCUAACAGACACACACACACACACACUCUCACAAACAGAUGCCACACACUAGCUAACAGACACACACACACACACACACACACACUCUCACAAACAGAUGCGUACACACUAGCUAACAGACACACACACACACACUCUCACAAACAGAUCGUACACACUAGCUAACAGACACACACACACACACACACACUCUCACAGAUGCGUACACACUAGCUAACAGACACACACACACACUCUCACGAACAGAUGCAUACAAACUAGCUAACAGACACACACACACUCUCAAGACCAGAUGCAUACACACUAGCUAACAGACACACACACACACACACACUCUCACGAACAGAUGCAUACACACUAGCUAACAGACACACACACACUCUCAAGACCAGAUGCAUACACACUAGCUAACAGACACACACAUUUACUGACAGACACACACUCAGUAACACACUAACACACACACUAACACACACACUCUAACACUAAUACACACACGAACACACACACUCUAACACUAACAUACACACACUAACACACACACACUCUAAUACUAACAUACACACACACAAUAACACACUUUAAAAAAAAUUUUAAUCCCCCCAGCCUCCCUACCUUUGGGAGCACUGAGGGGAUUCCCCGGGGUCCAGUGGUGUAACCCGGCAGGCUGGCGCGCGAGGGAGCACUCUCUCCCCUGAGUGCUUCCUCUUCAGCUCCCUCGCAUGCACCGCACUGAUGCAGGAGCCGGAAGAUGACGUCAUCUUCCGGCUCCGGUAUCAGUGCGGUGCGCGAGGGAGCUGUAGAGGAAGCACUCAAGGGAGAGAGUGCUCCCUUGCACGCCUGCCAGGUGACACCAGGGGCAGCCUAGGGGGGCCCUGAGAUGGCCAGCUCCUGGGCAUAGCACGUCCCUGCCUAUGUACUUACCCGGUUGCCUGCUUCCUCUUCAGCUCCCUCGCAUGCACCCCACUGAUGCAGGAGCCGGAAGAUGACGUCAUCUUCCGGCGCCGGUAUCAGUGCGGUGCGCGAGGGAGCUGUAGAGGAAGCACUCAAGGGAGAGAGUGCUCCCUUGCACACCUGCCAGCCUGCCGGGUGACACCAGGGCCAGCCUCCGGGGGCCCUGAGAUGGCCAGCUCCUGGGCAUAGCACGUCCCGCCUAUGUACUUACCCGGUUGCCAGCGAUCCCAUGCUGCGAUCGUGGUAUGGUGACUUACCUGGGAGCCCAAGGAGUCCCCCUCCUUCCUCUUCAAGCCCCCUUGGGCCAUGUGAUCGCGAGGUCCUUGUCAAUGCCAGCAGGGUGAGUGCCUGUAAUGACAGGUACUCCCCCUGCUGCCUGAAAUAAAAUAAAAACGGUUAAAAACAGUUUAAAAUUAAAUGAUAUAUACUUAGAUCAUAUAUAUGAUCGCAGUGUGUGUGUGUGUGUGUGUGUGUGUGUGUGUGUAUAUAUAUAUAUAUAUACAUACACACAUACACUGUCUAAGUGUAUUUUAAUAUUAAUAUAUAUAAAUAUCAAAAUACACGUAGAAUAUUGAUUAGAUAUAUAAUUAUCAUUAUUUAUAUAUAUAUAUAUAUAUAUAUAUAUAUAUAAUUAAAAUAAAUAAAUAUGCAAAUAUGUAAAAAAAAAAUUGUAAUUUCGUUCUAAAUGAAUUUUUAAAUUAAUAUUAUUGAUAUCAAAAUACACGUAGAACAAAAUAAUAUAUAUCUUUAAACAUAAGUAUAUACGUAUAUAUCACUAUAUAAACCUAUAUAUAAAUAAAAAUAAUUUGGAGAAAAAAAAAAUAUAUAUAUAUAUAUAAUGUGUAUGUAUAUAUUUAUGUAAUAAUUUUACAUAAGUAGGUCUUUUUAUUAAUUACAAUCUGCGGGACUUGCCUGACAACCCAUGCCGAAAGUCCAGGGAAUUUAAUUUGCUAGCACUUUAUUUAACCCUGUAACUUUCCAAGACACCAUAACCUGUACACUGUUUUACUCGGAAAACUUUGCUGAACACAAAAAUUUGUGUUUUACAAAUAUUAGUAAAAUCUAUUACAACGAUGAUAUCGUCAGUGAAAGUGACAUUCUUUGCAUUUUUCACACAAAAAUGGCACUUACACGGACGAUAUAAUUGUUGUGAUACACUUUAGUGUUUUGAAACACUAAUAUUUGUGUUCUCUCCUGCGUAUAACAGUACCCCUCAUGUACAGGUUUUAUGGUGUUUUCAAAAGUUACAGAGUCAAAUAUAAGGCUUGCGUGUCAGUUUUUUCACAUUGAAAUUCGCCAGAUUGGUUAUGUUACCGUAUGGUAGCCCAGGAAUGAAAAUUACCCCAAUGAUGGCAUACCAUUUGCAAUAGUAGAAACCCAAGGUAUUGCAAAUGGGGCAUGUCCAGUCUUUUUUUUUUUUUUUUUAGCCACUUAGUCACAAACACUGGCCAAAAUUGUCUAUCAAAUUAGUUUUUUGCAUUUUUCACACACAAACAAAUAUUAACACUAACUUUGGCCAGUGUUUGUGACUAAGUGGCUACUAAAAAAGACUGGACAUACCCCAUUUGCAAUACCUUGGGUUGUCUACUUUUGCAAAUGGUAUGCCAUACGGUCUCACAGGCAACGUAACCAAUCUGGCGAAUUUCAAUGUGAAAAAAAUGAAAAAUUUAACAUGUUAUAUUUGACCCUGUAACUUUCCAAAAUACCAUAAAUUCUGUACACAGGGGGUACUGUUUUACACCUGAGACAUCGUUGAAUACAAAUAGGUGUAUUUUAUUGCAGUAAAAGCAAACAGUAUUAUGACAUUCACAGUUAGAAUGUCACGUAGAACUAAAUUGUUUUUUAAAAAUUCUUAUUUUCUCCCAUUUUUUUUAUAUUUUAUUCUCCUAUUAGAGAAUUAGUGCAGCAAUAAAAGAAGAAGAAAAAAGAAUAAACUUGACUCUCUGCAUUACUUUAUAUAUCUUAGCUGCAAUGUCAAAAGGGACCUCAAGAAUGGUUUUGCAGAUUCUCUGCUGCUCUGAUUGUCUUCACUUUGAUGUAUAGUGACUGUGAUCAGUCUAUGGCGAUGACGGUUUACAGCAAUUCUUGUUGCUAGAUUAGGCCCUGCUCAACCCGAUCAGCCUGUUCUCCCAUAGGGAUUUUGGUUCUAUAGUAUGUGUGUGUCUCUGUUGUGGGCCUCAAAAUUCACAGAGCACCUAAGACCUCGUGUUGCUGCCCUUUUCUUGGUGUCUCACAGCCUUAAUCCGCAAGCUUCCUGUACAUAUGCCUUGUCAUAAGACUCCUCCCCUCUCGGAGUAUGCAUGCAUGAUCACGUCAUCUUGAGACAGCUAAUGUUUACACUUCCUUUAUUGCAAAUUCUGUUUAAUUUAGAAUUUCUUAUCUCCUGCUCUGUUAAUAGCUUUCUAGUCCCUGCAGGAGCCUCCUGUAUGUAAUUUCAGCAGUCGGCUGUCCAUCCGGCAUAAUUCAGGACUCUGUUUUGGUAUCUCUUUUUUUAUGGUUUAUCUUCGGAUUUACCAUUGUACUUUGUACUUUUUUUUUUUGUUUUUUUUGUUUACUAUCAUAUUUACUAUAGUCUGUUUUGGCACAACCUUUUCUUGUCUUGUUUUGUCUUAUCUUAUUUACAUAGACUGAUUUCUAAAUGCUUAUAGUUUAAAGACACAAAACUGUGAGUAUUAUUGCUGUGGAGCUCUGUUAUACUCUCAGACACACCAAUAAUAUGGAACUUCUAGAAAAAUGGACAUUAGAAGGGAAAAGGAGGACAGAGGGAUUUGCUGGCAAAAUCCUAAAAAGGAACACUUGGGAGAUGUGCAAUAUACUGCCAGACUUUCUAAUAGCAUGCUGGCCUGGUGUAUCCUGAAAAAUAUGAUCGAUCUGGCAACUCUAACUGUGAUAUUGGUAUCGUCACUCUGCCACUGCAGAAAUAGUAAACACAAAUUACAUAAAGACAAAACUGAAUUAGUACUGUACAGUCAGCAAUAAAUGACGCAUGUAUUCUAAAAAAAAAAAUUGGAUUUUGAGAUAUCACUCUCAAACCACACCUGAGAUUGCCAUUGUUGGGCUGCUCCACCCUGUGUUCCAAAUUUCGGCAGGUGUUUUUUAAAUGAUCUGAAAGAAGGAGUGAUAUUUGAAUAAUGAAGCAAUUGCCACUUAGUUAUGUUGCUUGUCAACAAAGAAUAGUCUUUAACCUUUUGAGUGCUAUAUAGGUAAAUAUAUGCUCAAGGUUAUUUCAUAAAAGUAAUGUUGAUGUCAAUCUAAUGCCACCACAUUUAACCCCUUAAGGACCAAACUUCUGGAAUAAAAGGGAAUCAUGACAUGUCACACAUGUCAUGUGUCCUUAAUUAAAGGAACAAAAUAGCAUUAGGAAUACAAACUUGUAUUCCUAACACUAUAGUGGUCUACUACCUAUUUACAUGUGCGGGGCUCCCCUGUGUGUAUUGAAAAAAGCUAUUUACUUACAGUACCUUUCUUCCCCUUGGUGUUCCAACCUUACUGCAGUCCUUCCUCCUCUCUGGCUGAGAUAAUCAAUUCUGACUCCAAUGCUUCUCUAUUAGAAGCAUUGGGAAGAACGUAAGCUAUAUCGAAAAUCACAGCAUUAUUCCAAUUAGCAUCCCCCCAUAGGGAUGCAUUAAGUCAGUGCAUCUAUAUAGUAAGUAUUAAGCGUUUCCUUACUGUGCUUAUCUUUGCAGGACUGAACCCAGGAAGUCCCUUUAGUGGCUGUCAGAGUUACAACUACUAGAGAUGUGCUUAGGGAGCAGUGUAAUCACCGCCUUUUCUCAGAAAAAGCAGCAUUUACACUGCGUAGCUUGCAGAAACAAACUCUAGACACCAGAACAACUACAUUAGGCUGCAGUGAUUCUGGUGUCUAUAGUGAAACUUUAAGCUUAAAACGUUACUAUAGCCACCAUGACCACUUUGGUGAUUUGUGCAGUGUUUCAGCUUGAAACACUGCACUUACAGAGAUAUUUAUAAUUGUGUGCUCGGAGCUAGUUGCACCUCAGCACACGUGACAUUUGCAGCCCAAAGCUCUGUUCUGUUCAUGCUUAUAAUAGGUAUGCAACCUUAUUAGAGGCUGUAGUGGACUUGGUUCCAUUUAAUUAAAUGGGCAGGACUUCUCCCUCAUGAUAUCUACUUUUAGAUAAACUGCUGCUUCCUAUGAUUUUUAACGGUAUGUUUAAUUAUCCUUAUGUAUUUGUGAGAUAGGAAAACUUAAAUUAAAUGUAGAAGUUCACACCUCUUUUUAUCCUGCAACUAGGCUCCUACAUCUAAAGACAGGUGCCAGGUGCUUAGAUGAGGAAACUGGCUGCAGGAUAAAGAGGUGGGAAUUUCUAUAUUUAAUUUAAGUUUUCUUAUUUCACAAAUACACCGGGAUAAUUAACAAUGUAUUUUACACUUGUCAAUCAGCAUAGAGGAAGCAUACACGAAGAAAAGAAAUUAGAAGAAAAGAGAAAUUAGAUUGUAUUUGCAAUCUUUUUCCUGACCUUUCCUUCGUUGUUUGUGAUGUAAUUUGCUAAAUCAUUACUAUAUAUGUUUUAAUUUUUUUUAAAUCUAUCAUCUCAUGAAAAAUAGGCUACCGCAAGUUAUAGGUACAUUUUAUGUUUUAUUCAGUUGUGUAAAUCCCAGAGAAGUGACAGUUCCGGUUUAAUGUAACUCAUAAAAUGUUACGGUUAAUUUGGUCAUCAUGGUGGGUUUUUAAUAAAUAAUCAAUGUGCAUCUUGUCUUUGUUUUUUGUGCAAAAAAAAUAAAUAAAAAAAAAUGUGGUGAUCAGUGGUAACUUGCUUUUUGUGUAUAAAAUCAAUCUCUAAUCAUGUAAUAAUUUUCAACAAAACAAGCAACAUAUAAUGCAUAUACCUAGGCAGCAAAAAGUUAAACAAAGUAUGUAACAUAAGGUAUAUGUGUGUGUGUAUAGGUAUGUAUAUGUAUUGCUUUUUCUUACUUUUUCAUAGAAUAGCUAGAUAGUAGAAUGUGAGAAAAUUGAGGGAAUAAUGUAUUAAAUAAGGAAAGGAUAGCAUUCAUACAGUGCUACAUUGAAUCGUUGUCAUAGUUUCCCUACAUCUUUAAUGUAUUAAAUACUGAAGCGAUGACUUUUCUAGUUGAACAUACUCGCUUGGGUGGACUGAAAAAUCUUCUGAUAGUGUCACACUGAUCGUAGGGUCUUCCUCAGUGUGUGCCACAUUGUAAGUAUGGUCCCUCCCAGUCAGGUUUGACUUGUUCUAAAAUAUCAGAUAAAGAAAGGAAACUUGUCACACUGCCUGAAAGGUAUUUGUUAGAAGGAAGAGUGAGAUUCUUCUCUGACUACUAUGUGACCUGCUUUACACUCCAUUUGAAAAUCUUUUUUUUUUUUUUUCCCUUUUUCAUAUGAAAGGCGACUUGUCUUUGAACCCUUCCUUUUCCUAAACCACGCAGCCCUUCGCCCCUCUGUAGGAUGGUGUCGCGGCACAGAGUUUGGAAAUCAUGCUGUCUUGGUGGUCUCUGGUGGUUUCAUAGCUGUAAGUGUGAAAGACCCAAAGAUAAGGAGCCCAAAACAACGGUGAGUUGGAUUUACAUUGGAGCUGCAUUUAUUAGCUUUUGCUGGUAGUCUACGGAAGUUAAAUACAUUUAGCACUCAACAUUUUUCAUUAAAUAUAGUGUUAGUUUUAUUGAGCGAUUUGGCACUAGAGUCAAUAUUAGGUGAGUCUUUUUUAUUUGGCUACUUAUACUUGCGUUGUUUUAAAAAAAAUUUAUAUUUACACUGAACUGCUUAGUAUGUUGGCACUGUAUCAAUGUCAAUUAUAAUAAUGGAUGCCAAUUACGGAUGCCUGCCUGCUUCAUGUAGUAUUUAGAUUAUUUGAUUUUUUUUUUUUUUUUUGUAAUGCAUUUUCCCUAACAAUGUUUGCUGAGGUUAUACCUGUUGCUGUGGUUAUUGUUGCCCGUCGGUUUCACUUAUGAUUCUGUUUUCGUUUUUGAUCAUACCACUUUGUCUUAAGUUUGUGACUGUGUAUUUGUAGAGAUUAUGAGGCAAAAAUGGCAAAUUACAGUUUAAUAUUAUUGUAGGUAUAUGCUUGGAUUACGCUACAAAUGAUAGGUUUAUGCUUGGAACUAUUGGGGGUUAUGGCAGACUUGCCUGGCAGUGGGAAAACACCAACAUACAAAUCUUUAAUGGCAAAUGUAGCACCUGGUCUCCUAGGAGUAUGCCGAUUGGUAAUCUGUUUAUGUACGUUUUCUAGCUUAUUUUAGCUAAUUGUCUGUCUUUCAACCAUGUCAGUUCCAUUCCCCCUUUCCUCAGUGUUUAUAGUGGUAGCAAAGACACUUUUAAUCAUUUAAAUAUAUUCAAACAACAAAUUAGCCUUUUAUUAAAGGCUUUACUUAAGAAUUGUCUGCUAGAAAAGGAGCUUGUCCAUUACAUUUGAAGAGACACUCACUUAGGCUUUUUGUUGUAUAAUCUCAAAAUGAAACAGUAUGCACAUACAUAGUAACACACCAUUCUUCAUAGAAUUCUAACUAAUCAACGUUAAACAUUCUGAUAUUGGUUGUCUUGGUGGUUCUAUGACUAUAUCCCAUAUUUUAUCACAAGUGUAUUAAGCUCCCUUUCAUAAUUAAUUUAGUACUCUACGUAUCCUCUUUGCUAUAUUGCAUCUUUUAUUUGCCAUGCUUAAUUCUUCAUUUACCACAAUGCACUUCUCUAGCAGAUCUAAUCUUUUAUAAUGUAUUUCUUUGUGCUUUUGCCAUAGUACAUCCCUUAUCAACAUUUUAUUCCAUGUUUGAUCACUCAGCCUAGCACAUUUUAGUUUUCUAAGAAACUGCUCCACUUAUAUAUAUAUAUUCUGUGUUGCUGCCUGGGGCAUUCACUGGUAUUCAGUGUCUCCACCCUCUGCAUGCAAACACUGAACAUUCCUUAUAGAGAUGCAUUGAUUCAAUUCAACUCUGAGGAGAUGCUGAUUGUGCAGGGUCGUGUUUGGCUUGUGCUUGCUCUACCCCUGAACAGCCUCCCUGACAGUAUCAGCCCAUCCAAUGCUUUCUUAUGGGAAAGCAUUGUUAUUGGCCUAGAUUAACACUUCUGAUUAUGUCGGCCAAGAAGGCAGAUCAGGGGCAGAGUCAUCCCAGCAGACUGGAAUAAAAGUAAGAUUUUACUUAUUUAGGGGGAAAGGGGAACAGGAAGGCUAAAUAGUUAGUUUAACACUAGGUUCAGGAAUACAUGUUUGUGUUCCUGAUCCUAUAUUGUUCAUUUAAUAGGCAAUAGACUUAUUAUUACCUUCAACUCCUCCUCUUCUAUCUCACACAGCUACUUUCAAAACCUUGCAAUUGCAUUUUACAACUCCAACCUCCACUACAUUAGAGAAGGCUGAAUGAAACAUGACAUCUCCUCAUGGUUGGCAAUGACACAGCACUCAUAGACAAAAUCAGCCUGCUACCCCCAAAGGUGCUCCAAAACAGCUGAAUGUUAAUAAGGCACUAAUAUCACACAUGGGAUAUACUAAAAGCAAUGAAUUAAUGCAGCAUGAUGAGUUCAUAAGGGGACAAUAAUCAUAAAAAUAAUAGUAACAUAAAAAAAUGUAACACGAAGGGCAUUGAAAUAAGUUUUAGUGAUAAAAUAUAUGCUUGAAAAACUAUGUUUAAUCACACUGGUAGUUUCCAAGAUAUUUUAAAAUGAGAUGUCCUGUUUGAAUGACUUCUGAUCUGAAAAACAACGCUCUUUCCUUAAAAUGUUGUAAAUGAGUGUUGCAGCUGGGUUUAGGUAAAAUUGUCAGGUGGGUGGAAGAUAUAAAGCAAGUAUUUGGUGGGUUGCUAAUAAUUACUGAAUAAUAUGGUGGUAUGGCUGACAUUCUGAAUCUGAAUGUUUGUGCAAUGAUGAACCUAUGGCUAAUAAAAAUAUCAAAUUUUCUAGAAAAGUGAUGAUUCAGCGACCUUUCACCCCAGUAAUUGCUAUUCCAUCAGAGGUAUGUUAAAAACAAACAAAAAACAACAACAGAAAACCCCCACCUCCAUCGCACUUCUGUGUUGUAGCAAUUAGAUCUCUCAUAUUAUGCCGCAGCCUCGAGCACGCUCUUGGGCAUAUAACAGAGAAACAUAGAAUGUGACGGCAGAUUAGAACCAUUCGUCCCAUCUAGUCUCCCCAAUUUUCUAAAUACUUUUAUUAGUCCCUGGCCUUAUCUUAUAGUUAGGACAUGUCAUGUGUCCUUAAGGUGUUAAACUCCAUCACUGUGUUAUGAGCUAUAUGCAAUUUUUCCUGCAGUCACUGUGUUAUUUAUGUACUUUACUUGGCAAAGCAUGUAAAUCAAAUUGAAAACAAAAAAACUAUAUAGAGAAUUUAAAAAUAAUUUUAGCACAACUUAAUGCUAACUUAGUAGGUUGUGCUGAAAUCUAGGACAAGAAAGUUCCUUUUAAGUCUACUGAGAAAGAACAAUUGUUUGCCUUCCCAGUGGGACUACUUCCUUCCCUUAGCCCUCAGCUUGUGAAUCUGUUAAUGCUUGAGAUGUGGUGAAUAUCAUGUUUAGACCCUUAAAGAUAAUAUAUUUAUAUUUUAGCAUUUCAUAACUAUAUGUGUAUAUAUAUAUAUAUAAAUAAACAGAUACAAUUUGUAUCCUCUAAUAACUUUUUUUAUUGGACUAACAAAACUUUUUAAUGACAAGCUUUCGGGAGGACCUCCCUUUCUCAAGUCUAAAGCAUUUCUCUAUCAAGACGAUACAUAGAAUUCAAAGUUGAGUUGUGAUACAGGGGUUAAAGCAACAUGAGUGCAGAUAAGUCGCUUUAACCCCUGUAUCACAACUUAACUCUGUCUAUUUCGAUCUAUCAAUUUCUAUCCAUCUACCCAACACAUCUACCCAACACACAACACCACAAACAGCCUUGCCUCAGACACAACCAACCUCAAAGUAAAAGAUCACAGGCAGCCUCUCUAUACAUGCACAACAGCCUCUCCCAAUCCUAAUGCCAUCCCUCUUUUGUCCUUUGAUAUUCCACUUAUAGGGACACCAGAGACAAGCCAUUGGCAAGCGCAGAAAAAGUGGUGUGUCAUUAAACUUGCAUGUGCUGUACUAAACACAGGGCAUUUUCCCUAUGCCAGCAGUUCUUCAGCAUUGUUCUACGCGUGACCUGUCCAAGAGGGGCAUUGUUUUGUUCCGGUGUGUUUACAAUUAAAACAUUCAAGGCUGUGUUAUUACUUUGUGUCACUAAUUGUCUCCAAAUAUCACUGAAACUCUGGAACAUGGAUUUCAGACAAUCUUUUUAUUCAACCUCAAGCACAUUUCCGCUUCAGUAGCUCAGUCUUCAGUGACAACUCAAAAUAGUUCCAACUGUUACACAGAGAUCUAGACAUUCUAGGGGGUGUGCCAUGCUGUCCUUAAACCUGUUUGAGCUCAUCUCAACACACUUCUUUUUUCAAAAAUAAAUAAAUAAAAGAACUCUAAAAGGCUUUUGAUAACAACAUUCAACAGAAAAAUACAUAAAACAGUAAACCAUAAACCUGGACUAGAACAGUUCAUCUGUACAGCUAAUGCUCAUAAGCUCCAGGGCAUGGUCCAGAUUCACAUGCCUAUAUGGUUGUAGAGUUGUUGGUUGAGGGAAACGGGUCUCUGGAGGAGUAACCAAUGGCUGUAGAUUACCAGUUAUCUGACUAGGAACAUUCUGAUGUUUUGUAUAAUUUCCAGGAAUAGUAUUUUCAGUCCUCAAGGUACUGAGGUGGACACCACAGUCCAUGCCAGAUAUCCUUAGCAGCUGAAUUCAGGGAUUGUAUUUCACCUGCUAGAGAUCAAUAUCUCAUCUGUGGACAGCAAUAUGUAUCACCCGCUGGUAAUAGAACGUUGAACAUUCUCUUUGUCCAUACCCAGGGCCGGUGCAAGGAUUUUUGACUACACAGGCGAAGAUGCAUUUUUACAACCCCGUCCCCCUCCAAAAAAAAUGCAUCUUCACCUCUGUGUCUCGUAGUCCCUCUUUUAUAUUUCUUACCCUCAUUGGUGUUUCAUAUCCACUCUCUUGUAUGUCUUACCCCUUUGGCCCCUUUGUACCUUACACCCCCCCUUUAGUAGAAAGAUAGAAAGGUGUGUAGGGGGUUCACUCCAAAACAGAAGGUCAAUAGGCAGCAGUAACCAAUGCAAGGAUUCCCAACCUUGUAUAAAGACAGUGUAAAAAGAAAGAGAAGGAGACCGCGCCUUACAUUAACUGUAUAUACAUACACUAGAUGUUUCUUAAUUAUUGUAGAUAAUGUUUCCUCAAAAAGAGAACACAAAGAGAAAAUAUAUACAAUAGUGUAGUAUGUUUAACAAUUUUUAAACAAUGAUAAUCUAGAAAACGGAGGUAUUUUAAACUCACAUUUGGUAGAGCUAUUGUGGAAGCUCUACCGUAAUUCGCACGGACGGUACAAUCCCCGUCUCAGGAUUAGAGGUCCAGCGUCUUUAACACUCCAAUGGUAUAGUGAUACGGAUCGAAUAAAAGAAAAAAGGGAAACUCCAAUGGUAUAGUAGUUCCAAAUCCAAAUAUAAAAGAAUAAAAUGAAAGUAAUUAUACUCACAUUUGCUAGAGCAGACAACUUGCUCUAGUAUAUAGGGCUUGUAGUGGUAUAAUCCCCACUAUAGGAUAUAUAGGUCAGGAGGUAAUGAGGAAAAAAUAAAUAGUAUAAUAAAGUAGAAUAUCACUUUAAAAAAUAUUUAAUAGUAACAUAAGUAAAACAAAAUGCUAUGUAACAUAACACUUAACGCGUUUCGCCAGUUGGCUUCAUCAGAAGUGUAAAAAAGCAUACCUCAAAACCUUCAUAAAUAUAUAACUUACAUAAUUACAGAUGUCUUCCUGGUGUGUCACGGCCGUGGAACGCACGCGGCAAAACCGGAAGCGGCGCGGCGUUCACGUGUGCGUUGAUAUCCACCGUGGAACGCACGCGUUGCGCCGGAAGUGACGCGGCGCUUCCGCGGACAUAUUAAAAACCGUGCGUUCCAACGUGAAACGCACAAUAGCCGCAGCUAUUGUAUUACAAGAUUAAAAAAAAAAAAUCGAACAAAUGGAUCAGUAACAAAGAGUCUUCUUUUCCAUAAUGAGAGCAUGGGGAUAUAUAAAGUCCAUAUAGUCCUUUUUUUGGGGGCAGUCUUGAGAGUCCAAAACUAUAUGGAAGUGCUUCAUCCUUGAUUGAUCUCUUGUAGAUUCAGCCAUAUUUAAAGGAGGCAAAAGUAUGGGCAAAAUCAUAAUAAAAAUAUAAGAAACAUAUCCCAAUAUAAAAUACACAAAUAUAAAAGGGAUGAUAAAACACUAUAAACAAAUAUAUGUAUAAAAAAGACCAAAGAAAAAAAUAAUAACUAUACAGUUAUAUAUAAAAUAGUAAGACAUAUGAACAUGUCUCUAAAACAAGUAUUAAAUAAGUGUAUUAAUGGUAAAAAAUACCAAUAAUUAGUAUUUGCACAUAGUAAAAUAGGUAUUAAUAAAAUUAAUAAAAAGAAUAAAACAAUUAAAAGAAGAGGACCCAGAGAGGAAAAAAACAACAAAUAUUAAAUGGGUAUAUUAAUGUUUUUUCUUUUAUUUCGCCCAUUUUUUGGGAUUAUAAAAAAUUAAACAAAUCAAAUUCUAUGUUUAAACCAUCUGGGUGUAGGGUAUUCAUAUUAUAAACCCAUUCCAUCUCUGUACGUCCUAUUUUUUUAAUAUGAUCACCUCCUCUCCAGUGGGAUUUAACAGUGGCGAUACCGAUAAAAAUGAGGUUUUUAGGGUCAUUAUUAUGGAUGCAAAAGUGGGACGAGACAGAAUGAUUUUUAAAACCCUUUUCUAUGUUUCUGCAAUGCUCGGCAAUUCGUGUUUUUAAAGGUCUGAUGGUCCGUCCUAUAUAUUGGAGGCCACAAGGGCAUUCCAAUAAAUAUAUAACAUUUUUACUAUUGCAUGUAAUUAUUUCUUUUAUAUUAUAAGGUUUGCCAUUGUUAUUUGAUUUAAAAUUGGAUCUUAACUUAGGUGUAACUUUAGUUUUUUUGCAUGCAAUACACGUAUUGCAUUUGUAAAAACCGUUUGUCGCAUUUAAAAAAACUAGCCCCUAUACCCUUUUUCUCAGGUUUAGUAUAAUUUUUUGUAAGGUGCAUCUUUAAAUUAGGCGCUCCCCUAAAAACUAUUUUUGGUCUCUCUGGUAUCAGGUGUUUAAGAAUAACAUCUUCUUUCAAUAAGUGCCAGUGUUUAUUAAUAAUCUUUUUAAGUUCUCUAUUUUUAUUAUUAUAAUCUAAUAUAACAGGAAGUGCUAUACUUUGUUUUUGAGUUCUCUUCUUAGAUAGUAAAUCUUUCUGGUUGAUCGACAGUGCUUGAUUAAAAGUAGAUUGAAUAGUGGUUUUAUUAUAUCCUUUUUUUUUUUAAAAACUUUCUUUAACUGUUUCUGCUUGUUGUUUAAAAACAGAAGUUUCUGUACAAUUUCUUCUUAGUCUAAGCAUUUGACUCUUUGGAAUACUAUCUAGCCAUACUUUGUUAUGGCAACUUUUAGUGUCGAUGUAGUUAUUGACAUGAACCUCUUUAAAAUGAGUCUUGGUAUGGAUUAUAUUGUUCUUAAUAUAAAUGUUUAAGUCCAAAUAUGUAAUACAAGUGUCACUUAUUACUGAAGUUAAAAUUAUUCCUUCUUGGUUAGUAUUUAAGAAGGAAAUAAAUUCUUUAGCUUCAGUUGAAGUUCCUUUCCAUAUGAAGAGGAGGUCAUCUAUGUACCUUGAGUAGGACACCAGUUUUUUUUGCCCAACCAUGCUUACUCCAAAUGUAUCUAUCUUCCCAUUCCGCCAUAUAGAGGUUGGCAUAGCUGGGCGCAAACCUGGUGCCCAUAGCUGUACCUGUUUUUUGUAAGUAAAAACCAUCUUUGAACCAAAAAUAGUUAUUGUUAAGAAUUAAAUCUAUCCCUUCGAUUAAAAACUCUAUUUGGUCUUGUGGCAUACUUUUUUCUUUUUCUAAAAUGGUUCUUACUGCUUUACAUCCUUGAUGGUGCUUAAUAAUAGUGUACAGGGACUGAACGUCACAAGUAAUGAGUAGAAAAUCAUUCUCCCAUUGAAUACUCUUUAACUUAUUUAAUAGGUUGAUAGAGUCCUUGAGGUAUGAUUUUGUUCUAACAACAUAUGGUUGUAAUAAAAUGUCUAUAUAUUCAGACAGAUUGGAAAACAGAGAUCCAAUACCGGACACUAUCGGUCUCCCAAAUAGAUAACCAGGAUUCGAGGAUGUUGUAUAUUAAUAUAUACAAAUUCAUUUUUAUUAAGAAUACCGGAUCUCUUUCCUUCCUCAAGAAAUAAUUGAAGCUUAGAUUUCAUCUCUGAAGUAGGGUUAUUACCAAGUCUUAUAUAUGUAUUAUCAUCAUUUAAUUGUUUAUAAGCUUCACUUUCAUAUUGUUCUCUUGAUAAUAUAACCAAACCUCCUCCCUUGUCAGCAGGUUUGAUGACGAUAGAUUCGUCGUUGUAAAGGUCCUUUAGUAUUUCCCUCUCGUGCUUAUUUAAAUUAGGUCUAUCGGUAUAUCUGUUGUUUAAUUCUAACGUUUUUAAGUCUUUACAUACUUUCCGUUCAAAUAUAUCUAGUGCGCUAGAUUUUAAAUGGGCUGGAUAAAAAGUAGAUUUUUUUUUUCUUUAAAUUACUUCUUAUAUAAUCAUUAUUUAAAUUUGUAUUUGUAGUAAUGUGUGCAGUUGGUUGUAUAGUCUGUGUGUCCUGCAUUUUAGAAAUAAAAAAUCUUUUGAGGGUUGCAUUUCUGACAAAUUUAUUGACAUCUAUAUAAGUAAGGAAAGAAUUAUAUGUUCUGGUGGGAGCAAAUUUUAAGCCUUUUUUUAGUAUAUUAAUUUGUGUAUUAUCUAAGUUUUUAUUAGAGAGAUUAAAUAAACCCGUGGGGGAAGUGUCAUUUUCUGUUUUUAGAAUCUUCCUUUUUUGCUCUCUUCUCUUGGAGUAAGCAUGGUUGGGCAAAAAACCUGGUGUCCUACUCAAGGUACAUAGAUGACCUCCUCUUCAUAUGGAAAGGAACUUCAACUGAAGCUAAAUAAUUUAUUUCCUUCUUAAAUACUAACCAAGAAGGAAUAAUUUUAACUUCAGUAAUAAGUGACACUUGUAUUACAUAUUUGGACUUAAACAUUUAUAUUAAGAACAAUAUAAUCCAUACCAAGACUCAUUUUAAAGAGGUUCAUGUCAAUAACUACAUCGACACUAAAAGUUGCCAUAACAAAGUAUGGCUAGAUAGUAUUCCAAAGAGUCAAAUGCUUAGACUAAGAAGAAAUUGUACAGAAACUUCUGUUUUUAAACAACAAGCAGAAACAGUUAAAGAAAGUUUUUUAAAAAAGGAUAUAAUAAAACCACUAUUCAAUCUACUUUUAAUCAAGCACUGUCGAUCAACCAGAAAGAUUUACUAUCUAAGAAGAGAACUCAAAAACAAAGUAUAGCACUUCCUGUUAUAUUAGAUUAUAAUAAUAAAAAUAGAGAACUUAAAAAGAUUAUUAAUAAACACUGGCACUUAUUGAAAGAAGAUGUUAUUCUUAAACACCUGAUACCAGAGAGACCAAAAAUAGUUUUUAGGGGAGCGCCUAAUUUAAAGAUGCACCUUACAAAAAAUUAUACUAAACCUGAGAAAAAGAGUAUAGGGGCUAGUUUUUUAAAUGCGACAAAAGGUUUUUACAAAUGCAAUACGUGUAUUGCAUCCAAAAAAACUAAAGUUACGCCUAAGUUAAGAUCCAAUUUUAAAUCAAAUAACAAUGGCAAACCUUAUAAUAUAAAAGAAAUAAUUACAUGCAAUAGUAAAAAUGUUAUAUAUUUAUUGGAAUGCCCUUGUGGCCUCCAAUAUAUAGGACGGACCAUCAGACCUUUAAAAACACGAAUUGCCGAGCAUUGCAGAAACAUAGAAAAGGGUUUUAAAAAUCAUUCUGUCUCGUCCCACUUUUGCAUCCAUAAUAAUGACCCUAAAAACCUCAUUUUUAUCUGUAUCGCCACUGUUAAAUCCCACUGGAGAGGAGGUGAUCAUAUUAAAAAAAUAGGACGUACAGAGAUGGAAUGGGUUUAUAAUAUGAAUACCCUACACCCAGAUGGUUUAAACAUAGAAUUUGAUUUGUUUAAUUUUUUAUAAUCCCAAAAAAUGGGCGAAAUAAAAGAAAAAACAUUAAUAUACCCAUUUAAUAUUUGUUGUUUUUUUCCUCUCUGGGUCCUCUUCUUUUAAUUGUUUUAUUCUUUUUAUUAAUUUUAUUAAUACCUAUUUUACUAUGUGCAAAUACUAAUUAUUGGUAUUUUUUACCAUUAAUACACUUAUUUAAUACUUGUUUUAGAGACAUGUUCAUAUGUCUUACUAUUUUAUAUAUAACUGUAUAGUUAUUAUUUUUUUCUUUGGUCUUUUUUAUACAUAUUUGUUUAUAGUGUUUUAUCAUCCCUUUUAUAUUUGUGUAUUUUAUAUUGGGAUAUGUUUCUUAUAUUUUUAUUAUGAUUUUGCCCAUACUUUUGCCUCCUUUAAAUAUGGCUGAAUCUACAAGAGAUCAAUCAAGGAUGAAGCACUUCCAUAUAGUUUUGGACUCUCAAGACUGCCCCCAAAAAAAGGACUAUAUGGACUUUAUAUAUCCCCAUGCUCUCAUUAUGGAAAAGAAGACUCUUUGUUACUGAUCCAUUUGUUCGAUUUUUUUUUUUUAAUCUUGUAAUACAAUAGCUGCGGCUAUUGUGCGUUUCACGUUGGAACGCACGGUUUUUAAUAUGUCCGCGGAAGCGCCGCGUCACUUCCGGCGCAACGCGUGCGUUCCACGGUGGAUAUUAACACACACGUGAACGCCGCGCCGCUUCCGGUUUCGCCGCGUGCGUUCCACGGCCGUGACACACCAGGAAGACAUCUGUAAUUAUGUAAGUUAUAUAUUUAUGAAGGUUUUGAGGUAUGCUUUUUUACACUUCUGAUGAAGCCAACUGGCGAAACGCGUUAAGUGUUAUGUUACAUAGCAUUUUGUUUUACUUAUGUUACUAUUAAAUAUUUUUUAAAGUGAUAUUCUACUUUAUUAUACUAUUUAUUUUUUCCUCAUUACCUCCUGACCUAUAUAUCCUAUAGUGGGGAUUAUACCACUACAAGCCCUAUAUACUAGAGCAAGUUGUCUGCUCUAGCAAAUGUGAGUAUAAUUACUUUAAUUUUAUUCUUUUAUAUUUGGAUUUGGAACUACUAUACCAUUGGAGUUUCCCUUUUUUCUUUUAUUCGAUCCGUAUCACUAUACCAUUGGAGUGUUAAAGACGCUGGACCUCUAAUCCUGAGACGGGGAUUGUACCGUCCGUGCGAAUUACGGUAGAGCUUCCAUAAUAGCUCUACCAAAUGUGAGUUUAAAAUACCUCCGUUUUCUAUAUUAUCAUUGUUUAAAAAUUGUUAAACAUACUACACUAUUGUAUAUAUUUUCUCUUUGUGUUCUCUUUUUGAGGAAACAUUAUCUACAAUAAUUAAGAAACAUCUAGUGUAUGUAUAUACAGUUAAUGUAAGGCGCGGUUUCCUUCUUUCUUUUUACACCCCCCCUUUAGUGUGUCUCCUACAACACCUCUUAUGUAUUUCUUACUUCCCCACCAGCCCCUUUCUGUCUCUUUCUUCCCCUCAGUCCCUAUCUAUCUCUCUUUUUCUCCCAUAUAGACAUAGAUAGAGGCAAAUAUACAUAUAUGCACAAAAACACAAACGUACAGACACAAUACCAUACAAGCACACAGACCUAGUUAUUGAGGCACACAGUCACAAAGAUAUACAGACACACAGUCAUAAAAGGCACACAAUCAAACAAACACAGUCAUACAAUCUACACAUACAGAUACACUGUCAUACAAACACAGACAUACAUUCAUACAGACACAGACAAAGAAAUGUAGAGAGUCAUAUAGAGACAUACAUACACAGUGAUACAGAGACAUACAUAUGCAGGCAGUCAUAAAGAGACAUACAGACAAGGCAUACAAAGACAUACAUACACAGACAAACAAAGAACCCUGCACACUGAUACAGUGUAAAUGCUCCAACCAUCCACAGUGGUGGAUGCUCCGUGUCAGGCGGACAUUGCUGGAUCCACCAGUAAAGUCUUCAAAAGGAAUUAAUGCAGGCAACACUCCAAUAGUAAGGAUGGUAUAUUUAUUGAUGGGUGAACCACCCCAUUGAAAUUGAGACGUUUCGGCUCAGCAGAGCCUUAAUCGUGCAAUAAGGCUCUGCUGAGCCGAAACGUCACACUUUCUAUGGGGGUGGUUCACCUAUCAAUAAAUAUACCGUGCUUACUAUUGGAGUGUUGCCUGCAUUUAUUCCUUUUGAAUACAUACACAGACAGUCAUACAGAGACAUACAGACUCUAUGUCUCUGUAUGACUGUCUGUGUAUGUAUGUCUGAGUAUGUACACAGGGUGGCUAAAAGAUAGAUCCCAAUCUGUCAUGCAACUUCAACAAUGCUUUGAAAGCUGGGGCUCUACCAAUUCCCCAUGCUUACAGGAUUGUAUUUAGCACGGAGCAGAAUAUGUGUGUUUGCAUGGAGUAUGCUUGUGUGAAUGUAGGGGUGUGUUUGUAUGUAGUGUUUGCGUUUGAAUGCAAGCAUGCAUUUAUGUGUAGUGUUGUUUUUUUAAUGCAGGGGUGUAUUUAUAUAUAAAUUUGGUGUCUGAUACAGAGGUGUUUGUAUGUAGUGUUGACAUUUGAAUGCAGGGGUGUGUUUGUAUGUAGUGUUGACGUUUGCAUGCAGGUGUUUAUUUGUGUGUAGUGGCUUUUGAAUGCUGAGAUGUACGCACAUAUACACAUACACUGCCACACACACACACUGUGAUACACAUACACGAAGAUACACAUGCAGAUACACAGAUACAAAUAUACACAAACUGAUACAGAUUCAGAUAGACAGACACACAGAUACACACUGACAGACACACAUACACACUGAUAGACAUACAGAUACACACACAGACACACUGACAGACAGACAUGCACACACACACACACACUGACAGACAUAGAUACACACAAACACACUGACAGACAUACACACAGACACACUGACAAACAUGCACUCACACACACACACAGAUACACACACAUGCUGGUCAAAAUAUACACUUUUCUAGCCACUCGCCUGUUUCCUACUUUGUGGGUUCAGGAGGGUGGCUUACCAGGGAUCCACAGUGCUGCCUGAGGUAGUUGGGAGUUGGAGGAGGUCCUGGCCAGCCCCCCUCCUCUCUGCCUUCUCCUGCUCUCGCUGCUCUAGUCUUCUUGGGCGGAAGUCCUCCCAUGCUGAUGAGAAGGGGGCCGGCAGUAGCUCCGCCCCUACUGGGCACCAGCCGCGCGGUGUGCUACAGAGGCAGCAGAGAUAUGAAAUGUUCAUAUCCCCACCCCCUCCCCACAGUCCGCGGCACUGCAGGUUGGUGCUCGGCCACGCUACAAGCAGUGACCGGCAGGAGAGAGGCGCUAUGCGCUUCCCUCCUGUAGGCCACCCAGACAUUUGCACCCCCGGGCUGGUGCGCCCUAAGGCACCCGCCUUUGCCGACUUAUGGACACGCCGGCCCUGCCCAUACCUUGUAUUAUGAUAACUGAAAUUAAUUUAUCUUGCCUGUGAUAGUUUCUAACCCAAACUCUAGCAUGAGUAUCUAGCAGACCAGCUAUGUAGCAUGUGGUGUAUUCUGGUAGUAAAUAAAAAAUCAUUGUGCAUUAGAUGCUGGAAAAUAUUUAAAAUAUCCAGCUUUACAGUGCUGGAUAUUAUUUAAAGCCAGAAAAGUCUCAAAUUCCUGUGAUGCAAAUUGGACCAUUGUCUCAAAACCAAUGUUUUAGGCAGUUCAAAUUUUACAAACAAGCUGUAAAGUAUGACAAUAAUUUGUUCUACCAUAGUACUUAAAAUGCAAAACAAAAUAGGUGCACUGUACCUUUAAAUAUUAGUGCAAAUAGUGCAAUAAUUUGUGCAAAAACACAGUGUGUAUACAAUAUAGUCACAUUCAGUGUAACAUAGGUGCAAAAUUGCAAGUGUAAUAGUGGAAAAUCCGAAUAAUAACUUACAAGGAAAGUGUAUAUCUCCUUUUGAUUCUCCAAAUCACAUAAGAACAUAUGUAAAGAGAGAUAUAAAAUGGAGAGACAUAGUGUAAUAUUGUUUAUACAUAGGUAUAAGAACCAACAAUGUAAAAAUAGGAGUAUCACUCACAAAAAAAGAGCAGUAAAAGCCUGCUCUAACUGAUCCAGCUUUUAAUCCACACUUACGCCAUCACGUGACCAGACGUAACUCCGAGUUCUAGGAAGUGAAACCUGCAGUGCCGAAAAUCACCAAGGACUGGUAGAUAUUUGCAAUACAGCACUGGCAAAAGGUUAUCAGACUUCUAUAUGGAAACGGGGAGUGUGGAUUUUAUUUACUUUUUUAAUAAAGGCUGUUUACUUUGAGAGCUAGUGUUCUGCCUACUUGUACCAACAUUGAAGUCCUGGUCUGUGGAUUAAAAGCUGGAUCAGUUAGAGCAGGCUUUUACUGCUCUUUUUUUGUGAGUGAUACUCCUAUUUUUACGAGUGAUACUCCUAUUUUUACAUUGUUGGUUCUUAUACCUAUGUAUAAACAAUAUUACACUAUGUCUCUCCAUUUUAUAUCUCUCUUUACAUAUGUUCUUAUGUGAUUUGGAGAAUCAAAGGAGAUAUACACUUUCCUUGUAAGUUAUUAUUCGGAUUUUCCACUAUUACACUUGCAAUUUUGCACUUAUGUUACACUGAAUGUGAAUAUUUUGUAUACACACUGUGUUUUUGCACAAAUUAUUGCACUUUUUGCACGUUCUAAUAUUUAAAGGUACAGCGCACCUAUUUUGUUUUGGAUUUUAUGUAUGGUGUUUUAUGAGCUUGUACACUUUUAGGUGCUGCUACACUUUUAUUAUCUUUACAUUCAUUUAAUAUUAAGCACUUUUAGCGCCUUUUAUUGCUUGUUUGUUUUUUAGCUACCAUAGUACUUGACAUUUACACCACUUCUGGUCACUUAAAAUGAGCUUCUACAGCUAUUAAAUCCAUCCACUGAUCCUGCAAAAUCAAUAUGUCUUGUCCAAUGUUCAGUUGGCCAUGGCCAAGUCUUGGAGGGAUCCCUCGUCGGAUUCUACUGAGUCUGUGCACAUGUAAGUAGCUACAUGAGAAGAGAUAUUUGUACCCAAUACAGGCCACCAAAUAUACUCCCGUGCUCUUAGUUAGACAUAACCUUCUAAAGGUGAAGCCCAUGGAGCAACACAGGAGGGGAGUGGGCCUUGACAGGGCCAGAGAGUUGGCAGGUGAAGUUAAGGUCAAGGGGUGUGGAAAAGUAAUGUCUGGACAGGGGGGGGAGGAGAAUAAGGGUUUAAAUAACAGCCAAUUUGGUGAGCUGGCCUUUUUAAUCAAAAUUACACUUACUUGAUACUUGUCCCUCCCACCCUCCCUUUGUGUUCGGUUGUCUUGUUUGGUAGGUAGUUUCCCGUUUGGUCACAGCGGCGGGAAUAGGGCCUGGGUUAAAGAGGAUUUAGGUGGAAUAGGAAGUGGGCAGGCCAAGGUCUAGGCUGGACUAUGCCGGAGUGGAAAAUGGUUUGUAGGUUCUAGCUCGUUGGUGGCUACGAAUCUGGGGGUGUAGGGGUGUCUGGGUACACCCCUACAGUUAAACAUAUGGUUAUGGGGCCUCUUUGGUAGGCCAUGGGUUAAACGUUAUGUAUUAUUGGAAUGUUUUAUUAUGUUAUUUGGUAGGGUCAUUGUCGGGGGUAUUGGGCAAGAAGGUCGGACAUAAUUAAUACUUGUGACAAUGACCCUAAAUUGUUAAAUUGUUGAAUUAAAAUUUUUAAUAAAGCUGUGGACUUUAUACUCCAACAGAAAUGGUGUCACAGAGUUAUUUUAUUAAGGUUUUAGCACAUGCCGAAUAACGACUGUGCACAUGUCAUGUAAAAUAGACAAUAAUGGUUUGUGGUUUGUGAUCAGAGUAGAAGGUCUGCCGUAAAUAUGAAUGUGGACUUAAUUCACAGCCCAAAUUAUUGCUAAAGCUUCCUGAUAAAUGUAGGCAUCGUUUUUUCUCAGCCAGGGUUAAAGAUCUGGAUGCAAGAGACACAAGGUGUUCCAAAACAGCAGGCAUAAUGUGUAUAAACACUGUGCCCAAACCAUAUAGAAAAGCAUUACAGGCUAGUACAAAAUGGUUCUUAAGGAGUCUUGAAUCCAGAAGUUGUUUAGAGCGUUAAAAUGCCUUUGAAAACAACUCAGUCCAGGCUCACUGUUUAUCACUAUCUAAAAUACAGUUUAAUGGAUAUAUAUUUAGUGAGCCAAAUUUGGUAAGAAACUAUGGUAAUUGAGCUUACCAAAAUAAGAACAUAGCUGGGAUACAUGGACAGGAGUGAGAGCAUGAACUAGUCAUGUGGACUCCUAACUGUCACGUAAGAACUCACACUAAUGUAUACUUACAUUCAAUCUGAAUUUCUGUAGGUGUUGUAAAACUGCUUUUCACGACCUAUAGGCAUUUUAUCUAACAUGCACUGCGUAUGCGGAAUACCUGCCAGUAUCUCACCCAUUAUCCGUUGCCAAACUGUAGGCACUGGGGCAAUUUCAAACACCAUCCAUGUAUACUGAAAAGGCCCUCUGUGAGUGUUGACAGUUAACAAAUGUCUGGGGUGUAUCUCCAACUGUAGGUACGCUUGAUGUAAGUCAAUUUUAGUAAAUUUUUCUCCGCCCGCAAGGGAACUAAAAAAUUCUUCAAUCCGUGGUAAAGAAUAUUGAUCAACAACUAAUUGUAGGGUUAAGUGCUAGUGUGAAAUCUCUGCAAAUGUGAAUGUCUCCAUUUUGUUUUUUGACAGGAACUAAUGGGGAAGCCUGUUCACUGCUGGAAACCGUAGUAAUACAUUGAUGUUGUAACCAUUCCAGUUCAAUUUUAGGUUUCAGUGCAAAAGGUUUACAAAAUAUACCUUAAUUUAAAGCCGAGUUUGCUUGCCUUUGACCAAACCUAAUGUUCCAUCAAAUACAGUCUUAUAUUUUUUGUUUAAUGUUUCAAUCCAAGUAGAAUUUGAACUGUUGCUGUGAUUAUUAACUGUUGUGGUUACUCUUGCAUGCCUAAAGCUUCAAUCCAGGAUCUACUGAACAAGUGUGGUUCUCCUCUGGGAAAAAAACCAAACAGUUUUUUUGGGGGGGGGGGGAAGGAGGGGUGACUAGGGUCCCCCCCUUUGUAUUUAGGGCCCCCACCCACCGCUCAGGGGUGGGGGCCAGGGGGGACAGUAGGUCCCCCCCCUUAUUGUUAUUUUUAGGGCCCCCACCCACCGCUUUUUUUUUAUUUUUUAUUUUUUUAACAGUGAGCAGCCACAGGCGGUAUUGCGAGUAGGGGCACAAUUUACUAAUACUAAGUAAUUUUUACUUAGUAUUAGUAAAUUAAUAGGGAGCAGACCGAACAUCUCAUAUGUUCGCCGUCCGUGGCGAACGCGAACACGCUAUGUUCGCCAGGAACUAUUCGCCAGCGAACCGUUCGGGACAUCACUAGUCCUCACUUUGAAUUUCCAACAAUUCUCACUUUAAUGGAUAACCCUGUUAGUAACUUAAUAAAACUAGGUUAAAAUGAAUGCGUCACUUGGUAAAAGACUGUGUGAAACAAAUUCAACUGAUUUUUUUUGGGAUGGAGUAGUAAAAAGAAUUUAUUGGAAAGGAGCAGUAGUUAUAUUUUAUAUAGGUUUCAGCACACACUUCAAUACUGUUUUUGUCAACUGAUGAUUACAGGCGGCAAAAGAUUGGAAUGCAGUGUAACAUACCUAAUCACACUAGCAAAGGAUAUGCUCACGAUGCAAAAUGCCUGUAUACUAUCUCAAGGGUCUGUCAUAAGUUGUAGGACCAAAAUUCUUCUUCAACUGUUUACUAAUAGAAUGCACUGACACUUUAGUUUUGCCUUGCCUUUGAAGUUUAGAAUAUAAAUAAUGGGUAUUAGGCCAUACAUUUAUUUCCAAGGUUGUCACUGCUGAGUCUGCUGACACACUGUUGACUGCAGCUGAAGAGGCCGUAGCGGUGGAUGCCGUUGGCUCUGGUUCAUCAUCAUCAUCUUUUUUGAAUCAGCCUUCCUUAGUCGUCUUCUUGAAAUGCUUGACCACAUUCGUGUGGUGCUACUGUUUCCGUAAUCAAUUGCAGAAGCCAAACACAGAGAGAUGGAGGCAGGUCUUCAGGAAGUAAAAAGGUUCUUUAUUCAUACCGAUCGGGUCUCAGAUGAACUCCUGUUCCAAAAAUAUCUGAGAGCCAGAGCACAGAUUGCAGAAGCUUUUUGUUAGCAGCAUAUCUCCUCCCAUACAGUAUAACCCCUCCUAUAUUCCUCAGACCAAUCAGCAAACAGGAUAUUCAGGAUCACCUUAUAUGGGCAGACCACAUGGUUCAUCUGAGACAAAGGAAUGUGCUUUCCACUUCCGCACAUGCUCAGUACACUGAUGACUCAUCCAACUGUUUGUAAUCAGAUACUAAUUAGCAUAUGCCAUGUGGAGAUUUCGGCCUACUAAAUUUUGACCAUGCUGGAAUCCCAUCACACUACUGCUAAAUCCUUUUAUUAAAGUAACUUUAUUAAUGCAUAAUGUUGAAAUUUUGCAGAGAUUGGGUUGGGAAAUGCUUGCCGCAAGCAGUUAGAUUGCGCAGCAGUUGGUCUGAUAACAUUAGGGUUAGGAUAGCAAGGUUGCUGAGCCAGAUAAGAAUAAAAAUUAAAUUUUCUCCAAAAAAUUCAAUAUACAUAAUUUAAGAAAUAUAUCAAUAUGUAGUAGUUAGUAAACUUGGAAAAAAAAACAACAAAUAACAAUUUGAUGACAGUUGUCCCUUAAUUUGUCAACCACUACACAUACUGAAGAACCAUUGAGCAGAUUAACUUGAUUGGGGCAAUUAUGGUACUGCACAUGCCCUGAAAUUGUGAGACUUGCAAAGGAGACCGGUAGGGGACAUGACAAUAGGUGUCAUUUUAGCAAUUCAUAGGGGGAGGGCGAGAUGGGCAUUCUCGGGCAGCUAUACUGACCAAACCAAUUAGGGUUUAGAAUAUAAUAAAGUUCCCUCAUAAGGGCAGGAAAGCGUUGUCAGUUUCACUUAACCCCAAUGUAUUCAUUGAUGACUUAUAUGGACUUUACUCUGGCAUCCCACUUCUAAUAAAAAAAAAAAUACAGUCUGCAGUCUGAGGCAUGGAACCUGCACAGUCAUUGUAUCUGUCCCUAUCCCACAACAUGGGACUAUGACUGUCGAUCAGUCCAGAUAAUGCUAGUUGCAUGAUCCAAUAGCUGUACCCCUGGCAGCUGUGGGGACUCACCAGAUAGGGUCGUACUGUUUAACUUUUAUUAAUGUACUUUACUUUUAUUAAUUUUGCCAAUUAUUGAAUCUUUUUCUUCCUGUAUUACAGCACGAGUGUAUCCGGGUCCUAGUGAUAUUUGCUAUUUUUGCGUUUACCUUCAUAUGGCUGUAUGUAACUCUUAUUCUGGGAAAUGACAUACACAAUUUUAACGAGUGAGUAUGACUACACAUUCCUCUUUCUGUGGGUUUGCAUUCCCGUCAUGUAUAUUUUGCUCUGUUUUGUUUUUUUAUGCUCAGGUGUGUUUGUCUCAUGUUUCUAAGUGUUGUAACAUUUGUUUCCUACAGGUAUAUUUUCAGAUCCGCCGGUUUGUGGGUUGACUGGUCUCUUGUGUUGGUCAUAGUGACGGCUGUACUACUGACAUAUUGCUCCUUCCUACUGGUAUGACUUGGAUAGGGAAUUGUGGUAAAAAGAAAGUCAAAUAUUUGGGUAUGAGAUAACUGAUAUGCCCAUACAGUGGACAAAAAUCUAAUCUUUAAAGUGGAACAGUCACUUGCCAGCAGCCAUAAUAUUGUGUGGAUUUAUCCCCCUAUAUUUGUUAGAUGUGAAGAAUAAAGAUAAAUGAAAUCCACACCUCUAUAUUAGCUGAUAGACAAUCAUUGUUAUAAACACUGUCAUUUGCAGCUGGCAGUUAGCCUAGAGGGAAGAACAAAAAUAAAAUGCUUUUGUCUCUUUUCCUCAUUUGCAUUGUGUGCCUUGGCUGUGCCUGGACAGAAAUGUUUUGUAAUGCCAUUUGCUCAGUCUUUAACCCCUUAAGGACCAAACUUCUGGAAUAAAAGGGAAUCAUGACAUGUCACACAUGAAGCAUACUGUGGUGAAAGGGUUAAAAUGUUUACACACUCUAGAAUGUAAGCUCAUUGAGCAGGGCCCUCCACCUCUCUGUUCCUGUACCUUGAGUUAUCUGGUUACAAUUAAAUGUCUGUUAGUCAACCCUUUGUACAGCGCUAUGGAAUCUGAUGGCGCUAUAUAAAUAAUAAUAAUAAUAUGCAAGAAGCCCCUCCCCCCCCCUCAAACAAAAACACUUCACAAGCAACCUCCACACAACACUCUCCCAGUCCAGGACUAUUUUUAAUCUUCUGAUGUCUGAUAUAUUGGAUAUCUUGCAUAUCUAGGUUGACAAUUCUGGAUUUAUUUUUUUUAAAGCAUCCCUAUUUCCAUAUCAGUGCUGCAGUAAUUGUUUGUUUUUUUUAAAGUUUUUUUUUUUUUUUUAACAGAUAAGCACAUUAUAUUAAAGGUAUUAGCUUUGCCACUUGUUCACCAAUUAUAAUAUGAUCUCAGUGGCUCAGUUUUGCAGUGUAAUAUUUACUAAAAUUAAUUAUGUCAAUAUUUUCACAAGACUUUUUUUCUCAGUAUUGGGAAAAAUUCCGGGGGAGGCAGUGAUGCUUCAGUUAACAAUUGGUUUUAGGCAGUUGAUGUGAGCUUGUUCCAACUAGUUGAAUCCAAUGAACUAAAAUGAAGAUCUGAUUAUGAGUCGGGGGAUAAUGGCACUACACAAAUAAUAUCGACACCUGCUGGACAGAAAAGGUUAUGUCAUCCGUAAUAAUUUGAUUUUUUUUUUUGUUCAUUUCUUCCUGUGCCUGGCUGCAUUGGACUAUUGUAGCUGACCUCUUUGUGCCUCACUCUUUGUGGUCAACCUGUCAUACUACACAUCAUCCACAAGGUAAGAUACAUAUACAUAUAUAUAUAUAUAUAUAUAAAUCCUUGGUCUAUCACACGGUCCGUAAGCAUUUUGUUUCACUGUGUCAUUAUUCAUUUUUUCUUUUAUGACCAUUUUUCUUAUUGCUCCUUAAACCAGCUGUUUUACAUCCUUAUCAGGUCCUUCUGACUUUAUGUUUUGUGCUGGUCACCCUGGGAAUAGUUUUCUUGGAUUUGAAGUGGAAGGAAGAAUGGGAUGCAGUGUCCAUAUCACUGCAGGUAAUUACCCCUCUCCCUUAUUUUUCCUUUAAUGCAAGACAAGAGUUGGCCCAGUGACAUGCCAACUGCUACUUUGUGAAUAUUUCCAAUUUGACUCAAUGCCAAACAGACCUCUAGGUAUUUCUAAACAUAAAAUAAUCAAUCUGUGCAUUGCAAAUAGAGACAUGUCAAUGAUAUAUUAUUGUGAUUACCAGAAAUUUUUUUCUGAAAAAGACUUUGUUGUUGAUAGGAAGUUCAAGUAUAUUUGUAUGAGGCAGCAAACAACUGUUGGAGUCUUAAUUCAUGCUUAAAGUACCACUCUACACCCAUAAGGUUUGACAACCACUGUGCUACAAAAUGCUACUGGUACAUGAAUAUAUAGUCACCACUACAACUUUAACUUAAUGAAGCAGUUUUGGUGUAUAGAUCAUGCCUCUGAAGUCUCACUGCUCAAUUUUCUGCCAUUUAGGAGAGAAAUAACUUUGGUUUCUAUUUAUGCAGAUUUAGCCACACCUCACACAGCCUGCUUGAAGAAAAAAUAGGUUUAAUUUUCAAUGAGAUUUUAACCUACUUUAGACAUUUUUAUCUCCUCCUCUGUAAAUUGAACUUUAAUCACACACAGGGAGCUCCUGCUUGUUCAAUCAAGCUAUUAAAGGUGCUGGAAACUCUGAAAUUAAAUUCUGAAUUAAAAGGACUGUGCAAUAAAGGAAGUGUAAACAUUAGAUCUCACUAUACAGGCAGUGUAUAGGAAGGCUGUGCAUAUUACAUGCAGGGAGGUGUUACUAGAGCUGCAUAAACAAAGUGAUUUAACUCCUAAAUGGCAGAGAAUUGAGCUGUGAAACUGCAGAUGCUAGACCUAUACACCAAAACUACUUCAUUAAGCUAAAGUUGUUUUGGUGACUAUAGUGUCCCUUGUACAGCUGCUAUUGAAUGUUUCUGCUACUGAAUGCUACUGCAAAUAAAUGCUAUUGAAUUAUACUGCUACUGAAUUUAUGGCUGCUGUUUAAUACUACUGAAUACUACUUAAUGCUACAGAAUAUUAAAAAGCAUCCCUGUUUGCAUAUCAUUGCUGCGGUAAUUGUUUCUGAGUAGUCUGUUGACAUCUGGCACUGUGGAGCAAUAGUACCAAAAACUUUUUAUUUAUUUUAUAAAAAUAUAAACGUAGACUGGUACCCAAAUUAUGAUAAAGAAAUUAGCUUGGCCACUUAUUUUCCAAUUAUAAUAUGAUCUCCGUGACUCAUUUUUCCAGUGUAAUAUAUAUUGAAAUUAACUAUGUAAAUAUUUUCAUAAGACUUUUCCCCAGUGUUGGAAGAAACCAGGGGAGAAAGCCACUGAUGUGUGGUUGCUGUUAAAUGUGUGCCCAGGUUAGGACAGUAGUUAUACGGAGUUACCAAAACUCUACAGCAAGCAAUCCAUUGUUGCCGGCUAAUAAUGUCACCCCUCUCUAUGUGUAAAGCAAUACUAACAGGAGAAUUCACUAGACUGAGAAGGUAUUGUUCUUCUUUCACUGAUGUUUGAAAGAAAAGCCAAGCUUUUUAAAGAAACAUUAUUCGCUUAAUCUCAUGAAACACAUCCAUUUAAAAGUGAAACUGAAAACUCAAAGCUUUUGCUUAGUUGCAGUUCAAGUACCAAGAAACAGGAAUCCUAUUGUGCAAAUUUACAGCCAAAAUCUACCAGUUGUAAGGGAAGACCAUGUACGCUGUAAUAUAUGCAAAUCUAGUUUAAGAUGUUGUACACAAUGAGCAAAAACAUUGGGGUCAUUUUUGUGCCCUAGCAAUCUUACAACUGACAGUAGAUUACAAAAUAUUUCCACCUGGCUUACCGGUUUGCGUACUUUUAAAGGUUGAAGCAGAAGGCGUAACCCUUGCCAUUAUGUUAGCAGUGGGCACAAUUGUUCAUCAACAAUAACAGAAAAAAAAUAUGAUAUAAAAGUUUAUAUCAGCUGCACCACUAAAGGGGUAAUCUGUACAAUUACAUGCGAUGUAUGUUAAGCCCAAUACACGAGACAGAGUAGAAGAAAAUGGAAAUCUCGGAUUUUAAAACAUUGGUGGCAUUGAAUCAAUGAAGGCUAAACAAACGCUUAUCUGAACAUGUUAGAUCCUAUGCAGGAAAGGAUCUUACAAAAUCCAUGGUUCAGGGCCUAGUGAACUGUAAAUUUGGAGUUAAGAUGCAAGUAAGCAAUUUAGAUUUUAAUGCUAAAAACAAAAAACAAAACAAAAAAAAACAGAUCACCAAAAGGUUUAAAUAUGUUAUUGAAUCUUAAUGGUAUUUUUUUGAUAUUAAAGUAUCACUUAGUCUCACAUUAAUUUAAACAUUCAUUUUUGGCCUACUUGAUAUUGUUGGAGGUCCAGUACAUUAAUAAGAGUGUAACUAACUGCUGCCUUUUUGAGCAGACUUGAUUAUUUAUUAUGAUGAUUUUCUUUAAGAUGGAUUGUAACACGGUUUUCCGGCUCUUCAGACCUUUGCCAUAUUGAGAAAUAAAAAUUUAUGUAAUGUGUGUGUAUGUAUAUAUGUGUGUAUGUGUAUAUAUGUAUAUAUAUGUGCAUAUAUAUAUAUAUAUAUAUGUAUAUAUAUAUAUAUAUAAAAUAUGUGUGUGUGCUUAAUUAAAUGCCCAUCAUGUUAUAUAUAUAUUCUUGUGCCUCUUUUCCUUUCAUUGCAUGCUCACGGUAGUCCAUGAUUGUGUAAAAUAAUCCCUAUGCAAUUGUUUAGUAUUCUUCCCCUAUACAUUAAAAUCUUAAUUAUUACAGGAGGAGUAAUAUUUACACUAAAUCUUAACAUAAGACAUAUUUUUGGAAGAUUUGGAAAAUACAUUAUUAAUAUAUAAUAAUCAUUCAUUAGAUAUUGUGAUACUACUUAUAUUACGCAUUGCAUUGAAGGUAUUAACGAUCAGCCCUUUUUAUGCAGUUUUAAGGUAGUAUUGCUCUUACAUAGAAUGUGACGGCAGAUAAGAACCAUUCGGCCCAUCUAGUCUGCCCAAUUUUCUAAAUACUUUCAUUAGUCCCUGGCCUUAUCUUAUAGUUAGGAUAGCCUUAUGCCUAUCCCACGCAUGCUUAAACUCCUUUAGAUGGUCUCUAUUAGAGUUUUGUAUUUGCAUUGUUUUAUCAGCUGCACCAUCCUUUAUUUAUAGCAGAACCUGUUUAUGGGGUGAUAUUUUUUACACAGUUUCUACAUGAGUGGCUUGAGCAAGGCUCUUGUGUGAGACGAAACGUUGCCUAUUCAUCUUCAAUACCGUCUGCAAUUUGGGAUAGAGCUUAUGUGUGCCCAGAUAUUUUUUCUUUGGUCUACAAUUUCUUAAAUUUUUGUGGUUUGAUAUUUACUAACUUAGUGUGUCACACAUCAGUGGUUAAGGACUUUGAGGCAACUGGGCAGGAGCCCUUACAACCAUUUAAAGGCAACUGUCACCUCAUAAUUAAUAUUUCUAUUACAGUGUUUGAAAAACCAAUGGUUAGUCUCUAUGGUCUUCCCUGCUUCUGUGCAGGGAGUGAAGUAGGCAAGACCAUAGAGACUAACUGUCGGUUUUCAAACACUGUCUGACCAAAGGUGCAUGUUUAUGGUGGAAUGAUCCCGUCAUAUACUAUGCUUCAUUUGGGUAUUGAUUAAUUUUUCUCAUUUUACUUAUUUAUUUUUACAUGUGUCAUUUAAAAAAAAAAAAAUCUAUUUCCUCUCAAAACACGAUGGAAGAAUUAUUGUAUUAAAAAAAACUAAUGUUGAGUUGACAGUCGUCCUUUAAAUCACUGUGGACUAGGUUUUUUUUUUUUUUUUUUUUACAUAAUCAAUUCCAUUGUGAAAGGUGUUCAGUGAUUCUUUUUUGGCUUUAUUUGGCAUAUGUAAUCCCUCUGCAAAAUACUUAGUGGUUUGGGGGUUAUUUGUCUGCAAAGGCCUUCAGAUUCUUCAUAUUGAUCUCAACUUGGAGUUUUUCUAUAUAGACCUAGAUUUGUGCCAAGAGAUAUUGUCAAUCUGAAAGAGGAAAGGGCCUUCCUAAAAUUGUUCCAAUACGUUGGAAGCUGACUUGUUCUGUUCUAUUCUGAAGGGUAAUCCAACCCAAAACAUUGUUUUUGAAUGGAGUAACCCUUGCUGGAAUGCCCCCAUUAAAAAAAAAGCUAAAUUACAUCGUGGAAAUGCUUCCACUGCAUUUGCCGGUGACAUCACACCCAUAACCCCCCAACACUUGUUUUGAGGAUAGUUGUAAGGUUGCAUAUGUGGGAUGCUGCUUGUGAUGUCGUGUUCCUGCAUGUCAAUGUGUUGUUAGAAUACUUUUACAUGGGUGCUAUCUAAUGGUGUGUGUGUGUGUGUGUGUGUACAUGCGCAAGGAGGCUGUCUCAAAGAUCUCCCCAGCCAGAGCAUGCCUAAGUGGUCUUUCCGCCACUGCAGAAAUCCCAGCAACAUGCCUUGAUCCCCUACAGCUUAAAGGACCACUCUAGGCACCCAGACCACUUCAGCUUAAUGAAGUGGUCUGGGUGCCAGGUCCAGCUAGGGUUAACCCAUUUUUUUUUUUAUAAACAUAGCAGUUUCAGAGAAACUGCUAUGUUUAUAAAUAGGUUAAUCCAGCCUCCAGUGGCUGUCUCUUGAGAGCCGCUAGAGGCGCUUGCGUGCUUCUCACUGUGAAAAUCACUAUCAUUAUGAAUGCUUUCCUAUGAGACUGGCUGAAUGCGCGCGCAGCUCCUGCCGCGCAUGCGCAUUCAGCCGAAGAGGAGGAGGAGAGCUCCCUGCCCGGCGCUGAAGAAAGGUAAGAUUUUAACCCCUUCCUCUCCCCAGAGCCCUGAGGGUGUUUUCCUGGCACUAUAGUGGUCCUUUAAACUUGACAUUUUACAUGAGGGUGGGGGGGUCAAAAAGUUACAGAAAUAUUCUUGUUCUGAUGUUAUUUCUAGAGGCAGACACCUUUAUCGAAAGCAAAAAAAUCUAAGGCAAGGUAAUUUACAGAAUAUCUUCAUUUGGUUCAAGUGAUCUUCCUAAUAUUAAUCACAUUUAGUAUUUAUGAGAAGUGGUGACUCUUUUGCUUAAUAAUUAACUAGGAAUCAUGGGAAAUUUUUAAAAGGGAAGUUGCAAACAUUAGGCUAGAAUUGUAAAGGGGAAAUUGUAGAGCUGAGAAAUUCCCACUAUGUUGGUUUAGUUUAUAGAUUCUACUUUGUCUACUGUGCCUCUUCAACUAAGUGAAACCAUGUAUUUUUUUAAGGGGCCAUGAAUGGCUUCAUUCAUGCUUGAAUGACGGGUAGAGAAUGAAUUCAUUCAUUUUCCCAAAGACCCUUUUCUGUAUUUCUAAAUAUCCUUUUCUGAACUUGCUUGAGUAUAUCUGACUUCUCCUAAAAAGCAAAACGUUUAAUAUAUGAAAAGUAAUUUUGAUUGACUUAAUUGCCUUUAUAACAUAAAAGAAAACCUCUUGUUUAAACCAAAUUUGUUCUGAGAAUAUACGGAGCCCCAAAUGCAAAGAAUACAGAAGGUUUACCAUUACCUCUACCUAAAGGACUUGUUGGAUUGUAUAUAACCUGGAAACCGUUAUUAUUAUGACAGUUCAUUUUACUGAUGUGUAUCUCUAAGUAUUGCCUUGGUAACAUAUAAUAAACCUGUAGUAUCUUGCAGUCAUUUUUGUGAAUGCAAGAAUUGCAGAUAUUCAUAUCACAGAAUAAUAGAAUAACUCAGAUUAUUUAUAAUCCACUGUAACUAGAUUAGAAUAAACAAUUCAAAAUAAAUGUAUAUUUUUCUGGUAAGUCACCCCCCUGAAGAGAUCAUAGUGUUCUAUACCAAAUUCUUAUAUCGGUAAAUAUUUUGUAGCAGCUGAGCUGCCAUGGCUGGGAUCUUGGAUAGUAAGCUAGUCUAGAGCUGUGAUCCAACUUUUGUACCUUUAUAUAUUGUUGCACUGUCACCUGGUUUGAAGUCCCAAUUCCCCCACCUACUCUUAAUACUCUAUAGCAGUGUUUCUCAAAUGGGUCCUCAAGACCCACCAACAGUCAAGGUUUUGUCAGUACCUCCAUUGGUAUAAAACAGGGUAAUGCAUAGAUCCUGGAUUGUUGGUGGGCCAUGAGGACUGGUUUGGGAACCACCACUCUAUAGCCAUUCCAAUGGCCUUAAAAUGGUACAGUGUCCCAACUGUUACCUCCUGCUUAUUUCAGUACUUAUUUCUCUUUUGUGCCUUUCUCCUUUUCAGAUGACCAGUCCCUUUCUGCACAUUGGAGCUGUGGUUGGAGUCUCGGCAUUUGCUUGGGUCGUAGCUGGAUAUUACUGGGGCACUAGCAGCAAAGGUACAAUCUGUCAGCCAGUAUAAAAUCCAGUUUGAAAUGGGAAAAGAAAAUAAGGAAUCUAGAAAUAUUAAUGAAAUAGUAGACUACAAAUGUUUCUUGCAUAAUCAAAAAUCCAAUUCAAGUUAUUUUAUUACUUAUAUUUACUAUGUGUUUACUGUCUGCCCCUUUGGUAGGUGUGUGAUGCCCUCUGGGUUCAGUUCUGAGUCCAGAAUGAUUAAUUAAAUGUGUGUAUCGGUACUACACCAGCCCAUUCAUUGAGCCCAACUUUACAAUAAGGGGGGGUAGGUGGUAUUGCACCAUUUUCAUGAAACACUGAAUAGUGCUUAAAAAUAUUUUAAUGUAAAAUGCAUCUGAAAAAUGGGUUUUAUCACAAUUUCCACUGCUAUAGUUGUUGCAUUUUCAUUUCUGAAAAGUAUAUCUCCCAUAACCUUUACUUUUUCCCCUACUACAGUGUUUAAGUGGAUCAUUUUGACAGUGUUCGCUAUUCUCCUGGUUGCCCUGUAUAUUUCACCUUUAUUUAUAUCAUCCCCCUGUAUCUUGGAGUCAUCAAAACUCCCCUCUAAGCCGAAGAUUUAUGGACAUCGUGGUGCUCCUAUGGUAGGGGAAUGAAAGGGAAGGAUAUCAUUUCCUGCUGAUGUGAGAGAGGGUGGAAGGGUUUAGGUGAAAGAUGGAUGUUUGUGAUUGACAGGUGUAAUGUUUUCUUUCAGUUGGCUCCAGAAAAUACAAUGAUGUCAUUUGAUAAGCUGGUGGCAGUUGGGGCUGAUGUGUUCGAGACUGAUGUCAUGGUGAGGUAAGAAUGGAAAUGAACAAAAUAUCUAAACCCUCUUGCACAAACAACAAUUGUCCUUCACAAUGCCUCACAUGUCUCCUUAGUUUGGAUGGAAUUCCUUUUCUGAUGCACGAUAGUACCUUACAGCGCACUACAAAUGUGAAAAAUGUGUUUCCAAACCAAGAGAAAGAAAACAGCUCAAACUUCACCUGGAGUGAUCUUCAACAGCUCAAUGCUGGGGAAUGGUUUUUGCAGGUAAUCACCUUUAACAUCCUGUCCUCAUUGAAAAUACUUAUGUAUUUUUCUAUAUAUUGGACAUCGGUUCCACCUUCUAUAGCUUAAACACUUGUCUCUCUUUGCAUGUAUACUUUUCAACCCAUGAGUUCUUCAAAAAGCCAAAACCUUCCCCAUAUCACUCAUUGUUGACUGUUGAUUUGGUAUCCAAUUACAGAAGAAUCCAUUUCAUACGCUGGGGUCACUGAGUGAGCCUGACAUUCAGGAGGUGAAAAAACAGAAAAUUCCCUCUUUGGAAAAUCUUCUGAAUGCAGCGGAGAAGCACAACAUCUCAGUCCUAUUUGAUCUCCGUCAACCCCCUGAUGGACAUCCAUUCAAUGAGACUUAUGUCAAUGUCACCUUAACAACCAUAUUAAACUCAAAGAUUCGUCCAGAACUAGUGAGUAUUAAGCUGUCUGUCACUUCAUUCCUUGCACAAUACUAAUUUCUCUGCAGAAAAAAUACGGACUCUGUUGUCCUUACAGCAUUACUAGACACUUUUUAGUAGAGUAUUUUCUUACUCUCACCAGGUUCUUUGGCUCCCAGAUGAGGAACGAAACUUGGUUAUAGUUGAAGCUCCUGGUUUCCGACAGAUAUAUGGGAGAAAAAAGGAGGAAAAUGAAACAUUGGAUUUUGUCAAUUUGUCCUAUAAAAACCUGACUGUGUCUGAAGUCCGGUGAGAACGUGAUAUUUUCUCCUUUAAUCUGUCUUUCUACAAUUGCUCAGAUUGCUCAGUACUUUUCAAUGGUGUGUAUAUGUAUACAUAUAUUGUAUCACUUUCUAGAGUUGCAGGAUCUGCCAUAUUUGAUUGUCACAUGUAACGUAAUGUUAGGAACCACGAAAAAAGUUCUGUUCUGUAGUAUGUAGUAUUGCUUAAUCACAAAAUAUUAUGGCAGUUCCUUCUUGUUAAUUUCCUUUCUACACAAUACAUUGCAUCAGUUUUCAUUUACUGCUCAUGAACAAUUUGACGUGACAAAUGGGGAAUUUAGCAGCUCUGCGCCUCUAAUUUAUCAUCUAUUUGACAUGUUUCCUUCCUCCUCUAGCUACUCAUUUUACCCAUAUUUCCUCUCUCCUUAGCUCAUAUCGGAAUGAUAACAUAUCAGUCAAUUUCUAUGUGGUUAAUAAACCCUGGCUCUUUUCCCAUGCAUGGUGUGCUGGAGUCACCUCUGUCACCACCAAUGCAUGUCAACUUCUGCAGGCUAUGCAACGUCCUUGUUGGGUCUUGGUGAGUAAUAUACUGGACAAUCUUUCUCAACUCUGAGUACAAUGAGUACUCUUACACCAUUCACUCCUGUAUAGGACACUAAUGUGAUUGUGUAUGAUUUUUCCUUUGACUGUGCCUUCAUGCAUCUUUUGCCCUUCAACCCAUCAUUCAUGAACCACUUACUAGACUAACAAACAUCUCCCAUUGAAUGAAGAUGGCUAUAGAAACCUUUUUUAUUAAAAAGCUGUAAACCAUUUUCCAUAUGUAAACCUGGUCUCCAUAUUGUCCAUUCAUGUCCACUUGCCAGGGGUGAUCCUGGAGAACUCGUACAUUACAUUCAAACAUGGCUCACCAAGAAGCCUGCUUACCAUGGAGCAAAUGAAUGGCUCAUCUUCAACCUGGACCACAUUCCUGGCUGGCUACUUAUAGGAGUAUUAGAAAUACACUCAAGAGGAUUUUCACAGUAGAUGUGUACAUGUAUAUAUGAAUAUUGAACAGAUAAAUGUGCAAACAAGGUGCAUGCAUAAUCUUGUUUCUUGAUAAACAGGUGCAAUAGUGUGCUUAUUGUUUUGACUUUUAUUUUAUUCUUCAUCAAGAUCUGCAUCCUUUUUCCUUCACAUAUAACGCAACUUCACUGUUUGGACUUUUCCUUCACUCAUUACUUUUCCAAUCCGAUUAAUUUCUGAUCAAAGUCAGGGCAAGGAAUUUUUUGGCUACACAGGCAAAGAUGCAAUUUGCCACACACUCCCCUCCACUCGUCACACUCUUCAACACCCAGGUAAAUUCCUGCAGAGUGGUCAAGCUGUUAGCGCUCAGUGAUGUUUUUUUCCCCCCUCAAAGCUUCAACUUUGUUUGGCUGGUUGCCAUGCUAUGAGAGGAGACUGCAGGAACAUGAUGUAAAAUCUAUGGGUUCUGAGGCUAGUGAGGAAGUGAAAAUGCAGCACUGAGUGCUAUCUGCUCAUCUUCGCUACAUAAGAUUAUAUGGGUGGCAGUGGGGACCAAUGGAGGUGGAGCAGCUGGUUCUCUGAAUUUCGGCAUUGGUGGGACCAAAAACAUCCUACAUGGCUCCAGGGUAAAGCAAGUAACACAAAACAAAAUGCAGUCUGCACUAAGGAGUAAACACUCAUGAACAACCGAAAUAUCCACAGAAAUAAUGAAAAGGUGCACAUUCAUUGAUAUAAAAAUUGCAGCGAUGUAUGGCAGAAAAUAGUCAUGGCAGCACUCCAAAAAGCUGAAUAUAAGAGCAGUAAUAUUGAGUAAUGCAAACAGCAUAUAAUAGUCACAAGAUGAAUAUAUAGAUAUCCAGGCAAGGACAACACACUUGCACAAAAUAGGAACACUUUAAGGAAUGAAAUAUUCAGUAGUUGUAAUACCUGCUGCUGCCAGACGUGAGGAAGACAACCUACACCGCCACCCACAAAAAGGUAAGAGUGAGUACCCUGGUGCUUUCUUAGCAACUUGAUUUUUGGGAUGCUGCCAUGAGACUAUUUUCUGCCAUACAUCGCUGCAAUUUUUAUAUCCAUAAAUGUGCACUUUUCCAUUAUUCCUGCAUUUUUUUUUUUCUAUGGAUCAAAGAAUGAGUGCGGACUGCAUUUUGUUUUGUGUAACUUGCUGCAUAUGUGGGACAACCCACCAAGCUUGAAAAAGACCUCUUGGUGGGUCGAAACGUUGCUGUUAAUUUUGUUGCAAUAAAUCUGCAUACGGCUUUCACAUUUGGAGUGCCUGGAAUCUUUCUUAUUGCCUUGUACUGUACAUUGCUCAUCAACUAACCAAGGUGUAUCAUUUGGUGCUAUGUGCCAUUAAAUUGAAAUGUUUCUACUGUCUUUCAGGAUCCAAACUACUACUUGAUAACAUGGAUUGUUGCAGACUGUGUAUCUUUUCUCCAUAUAAUUUGGGCAUUUAUCAUUCAGAGGUCAGUUGAGUUAACUAAUUUCCAAACACUUGCUUUCUUGUUUGAAAAUAAUGAACUACUCUGGAGUGAUAUAUAUAUGUGUGAACAGGAUGAUCAGUUUUCACUUUUUUUUUAGGGCAGGUUUGACAGUUUAUCACAAUUUCUAUUUUAUUGAACAAACCCAUGUACUAUUGAUUACAGUGAAUUCCUCACUAAAUUCUAAUUAAUCUCUUCCAAAUUGCAAUUGAGUUGGGAUUGCCAUUGACAUUAAUUUUUUUUUUUUUUUUUAAUAUCACUUCUUUUGCAAAUAUAUUCAACAGAGCAAUAAACCUCAAUGUUUAGGUACUUUGUGAGAGAUCCUGCAGUAAGUGUAAAGUGUCACAUUUUGGUCAUUUCUCGAUUUUUAGUAAGGCAAUUUGAAUAUCCCUGUGUAAGACUUAAUUUGGGUGAAAAUUUGAUGACCUGACAUUAACUUGAGAAAAUUAAAUUUGAUGUUCAAAGCAACACAGUAUCAGAAUAUGCUUACACAUGCCUCGUAGUAAUAUUAUCUGUCAUUAUAUUGGCUGCUUACAAUAUUAGUACUCAUUCUGGAUGUGGGAGCCAAACCUGAGGAAAAGUGAGGAAAAUUGAUUCCACUUUCCAUAUUUUUUUUAUUUGAUGAUCAAUCACCAUGUCAGCAUUGACUAACGAGUUAGCUCCUCCCCCACAGAAGAAACAACAGGAAACAGAACUUUGAAAUUAUUAAAAUAUAACCUCCCUCCCUAAUCAGUCUUUGUUACUGGCUCCACGGCCCUCACAGAAGGAGAAUGGCAGCUUAAUGCUGCCAUGGGGAUUAUUCAUGAAAAGAAAAUUAUGGUAAACCUAUUUUUCUUUUUUAUUCCUGCGCAAACCAUGGUAGCAUUAACCAUUAAUUAAUACCCAAGCAGUGUAUAUAGUGGGAGAGAGUUUGCAUUAGAUACAAAAAACAUUACUGAACUAAUGGGCAUAAAGCCAACCGAGUAGUCAUUGGGACAUCCCCAAUCUAUCUUCUCAGACAAAUAAGUAUACUCUUGAAGCUGUUAUAAUUUAUUGUAGGGAACAUUGUUGCUAAAUAUGGUACCAUGUAGGAAAUAUGAUCCAGAUAACUAGAUCUAUAAAGAAUCAAUAUUUCAUACUGAAUGAAUUAGCUAAUGAAAUACUGUCAUAAUUACUCACAAUUUGUCAAAAACCUGGCUAUAACAAUAGCAUGGUGUCCAGAGUUAACAUUCCGAAGAAAAAUCAAAAGUAUAUCCCCUACUCGGCAGAUCAUGAGACUCAUGUAGAAGGUACUGAACAACCUAGUAGAACUGAAAGAAUGGGAAAGGAAAUAGAACAGUAUACCACACAAAAAGGUCAUCUAGCCAUAAAAAACCCCAAUAAAGAUAUAUUAAGGCAAUUAUGACAGUUGUUACUCUAAACGGCAGAGUUGGAUUACUCAUUAGGCAGCAUAGGUCAUUGUCUGUGCCCGGAGCUCCAGCUGCAAAGAGACCCUCCUUAAAUAAGAAUGAAGCAAAAAACACUGGAGUAUAUUUGGUGGCCUACAUUUGGUACAGAUAUCUCUUCUCAUGUAGCUACUUUCCAUGCACGUGCACCGACUCAGUCAAAUCAAACCAGGGAUCCUUCCAAGACAUGGCCAACGGAACCUUGAACAAGACAUUGAUUUUGAUAUUGCAGGACCAGUGGAUGGAUGGAUGAAUGUAUUUAGUGUCUGCUCAUUAUAGGGGGCUAAAAGUGGUUCAAAUGUUAAGUACUACAGCAGAACAAGCUACAAUUUUGCUGAUUAUGUACAAUUAUAUAUUGUCUUGCAGAAAAUGUAUGCAAAAGAAAGAGUCAAAAGGUAAUGUUGUCACAAUAUCAUUUUCACUUUUAAUAAGAUAAUAUACAAAUACGUAUACCGUAUUAACUUCUCUUCCUCAUACUUCCAUAUACGCGCUCUCUCUAAUGCAAAUAUUUGUCAUCUGCUGUCUACUUAUUUCAAUCUAGAAGAUUUCCUCCAUUUGUUCUGCUACUUUCACCCUCUAUUGAUUUAAUUAGAUUAUAUUGAUCAAUGUAUGUUAUUGAUGCCUCAUUUAAAUGUAUUUUAAGUGUUUAUUGUAAGUCAGUGUUUGUUAAUAAUGAAAAUACGCAUUUCUUUCUAUUAAUAUGAUCUUGCUCCUGGAUGGAUGUCUCCAUAUGUGGACAGUGUUAUCUAAAAUUCCUUCAGCAACAUACCCUAUAGUCAUGUGGCUAGAUUUUUUUAACCUGAAUUUUAACCACAACUUUGAAUUCUAUGUGUCAUCUUGCUCCAAAAGAAAGGGAGAAUCUCCCAAAUUGAAAAAAAAUAAAUGAAAUAUAUAUAUUUUAAUCUAUAUAUUCUGAUCUGAUCUUCAGGAUACAGGAAACAGGCCUCUGGAUUCUGGCCUUCAAUAUACAGGGAGCAGGCCUCUGGACUCUGGCCUUCAGGAUAUGGGAGCAGGUCUCUUGGACUCUGACCUUAAGAAUAUACAUAUAGGAGAAAACACAAGACAUUAAAAUAAACAACAAAAUCGAAAUAAACAAGCUUGACUCAAACAAUGAUUUGGCAAAUGAGGGGUUAAGGCUAGAUUAUAUAGGGAGAUAAUUAACAUAGUAAGGCCAGCUGGGGCCGAGUUAGAUCUCUUCAGUCUCAGUGCAGCACCCUACGACAGCAACACAGCAAGUUAGAGGCAGUGUGAGAUACUCCACCAGACUAAAGAGAACUCAUAAAAGCCAGAGUAUUCCAAAGAAACCCUGACAUCACCAGUAAUAGAGAUCAAACAGGCAGGUCAGAUCAUCCCAAAAUCUGUUUUAUUUUUGUUAAUCUCUCAAAGUCAAAGAACUGAUGUUGAGAUUGCAUGACCAAUGAGGAGUCUGUGUUUUUUCUUUGCAACUCCUCUCUGUUGGUGCUCCUCAAGGUUUUGUAUUCAUCGAUGCUGCCUCCCUUGGUAAUCUCAUGAGCUCUUUUGGCUUCUAAUAUCACUUCUAUGCAGGAGAGAUCUAUGUGUCCUCUCCUGAUCUUUCACCAUCCCUCUUACUGUCUAUAAUGAAUGCAGCAUUGAGGCUCAUCUUUCUGUCUGCGUGCUCCUACCAUGCCUCGCCCCUCUAUCAGUCCUUACACUGGCUUACUGUAUGAUAUAGGGCUCAUUUUAAAAUUCUGGUGCUUGCUUACAAAUCUCUUCAUAACGCUGCUCCUACCUACUUAUCCUCACUAGUACAAGUAUUUCCUGUCCAGGCCCCUAUGCUCUGCCAAAGAUCUGCAUCUAUCCUCUGGUUGUACUUGCAUCUCUGACGCCCACCUUUAAAACUUCUCUAGGGCUGUGCCGUACACCUUCCCUGCUCCGUUAAGACUUUCACCCAGUCUCAGUUCCUUCAAAAGAUAAUUAAAAACUCACUUCUUCAGGAAAGCAUAUAAAUUAAACUGUUAAUAGCUUGCCCUCCCCACACCUUGAUAACCCACCCUGCUUCCCCUCCUGCAGCUGUGUCAUCCAAAAAACUAACCCUUCAUUGAAAACUAUUCUGGUAACCUACUUUUCCCCCAUACAUAAAACUCAUCUUACCUAUGAUUCCUGCCUUUGGUGUUGUUACAAUCAAAAAUGGAAGGUUGAUUGUAAUUUACCAUUUUUUGUCACUUGAAUUGGGCUAAAUUGCUCCAAUUAUGUUUACCUGACUCACUCAUAAGAAUUAAGAGCUUUAUAAAUUUUCUUUGUGUAGUAAAUAGGUUAUAUCUGUAUCCUUAUCUGAGUAAACAUGAACUAACUGUUCAUGAAACAUAGAGUCUCAUGAACUGAACAAUUAAUAUAUACUAUUAUGGUGUUCCAUUAAUUAAAUGCUUAUAUAACAAUUGUACCAUUUCAUGGCAAGCAAAGCAGUAUGACCCACAAUAAAAUAAAUAAACCAAGGUAAUCUCCAGCUAACUUUUCAUUGGCUUUUUGUUUUUUCCUGUCUUCAUUUUAUUUUAUUUUUUAUUUAUUUUUUUUCUACCUUUUCCACACUCUUAAACACAUUAUGUCUCUCUGUGUUUCAGAAUUAGGGACUGUGCUACUUAUGAGGCUAGAAAGUCUGAACUACUGACCUAAAGAAGCGGACUGCAAGCCUUUUGCUCACACUUCAUAUGACCACUUAGUCCAAAUCAGGUGACGAUGUAGGACAACUGGAACUAUACAUUCCUCAGAAGGAUCUGAAGAUCUAAAACAAAUUGGCAAAUAUUUUAGAAAAUGGUGAAUAAUUUUGAACUGUGCUUUGUCUCACCACUGUUUAACCUCAUCGUUUUAUAAUUUUUUUUUUUAUAACUGAUCCAGUUUCGUAAUAUUUUUCUGAGAAUUGUAACUGCACUUUGCUGCAGUUAUUGUGCUAAUUUCUUCUACUUUCAUACUGAGUAUGGUGCUGUUGACCACUGUCUGACAGUCUUGCCUCAAGAUAAACCUUAAUAUUGCAAAAACAAGGUGACCUGCUCUGGAUUAUGGAACAGAGUGACUUUUGCAUUUAUAAAGUCAUUUUUGGGAUACAUGAAAUAGAUUGAACAUGAAGAAAGAAGAAAAAAAGUUUUUGUUGCGAAGCGAUUUCUAAAUGGUAUAUUUUUUUAUAUCCUGGAGAUUUAAUGAAAAGUUUGUUUUUUUGUUUUUUUUUUGGAGGGGGUGGAGGGUGGGUGAUAAUGGACAGACCUAUUCCUACGGUGAAGAGGAUUUCUUUUAAGGUUAUAGAGUACAAAAAUGAUUUAUUUUUAAAAAAAUUAAAAGGGAUUCAAACAUUUUCAGUUCUCCAAUGUUGAUAUUUUGUCAGUUAUCCACAUUGAAAAAGAAUCUUCAGCUACAUAUUUUAUUUUUUAGCUUAGCCUAAACAAGGACAUUCUCAUUUUCGAUUAUCCACAAUUUUCAGAUUAAUGAAGAACCUUGUAUAUAUAUGUCCUGUUACUUCGAUAUUUCUGUUAUUUUGUAUAGAAUUUAUAAAUUGUGUUCCUACUAAUUUACUAUUUUCAAUGUAAAUAAUAAAAUAGGUUGGUACAAUCUGGCUUCUGAAAACCUUAACUUGAUGAAA